AUGUUUUCAACAGCUUACGAACAGACUUUGGAAAUGGAAGGAGAUAUUUGCGAUGAUGAACGCCUAUGUUCUAGGCCGCAGUCAGUUGGAAGCAAUGAAUGGUGUUCAGAAGAAGACAAAACCAGAGAGACAUGUUUGAAACCUUCAGGAGAUGAAGAACAGAUUUCUAGCUUGGAGUAUCCAGAUCCCAAGCAUGAUGAAGGUAUUAAUGCAAAAUAUAAUUUCAUUGCAAUUUUUUUCCCCUAAACAUUUUAUUGUUUUAACUUCUUUUAACAACUUCUGGAAUAAAAGGGAAUAAUGACGGAAUAUUUCAUGUGUCCUUAAGGGGUUAAAUAACAGAAGUAUAGUGGAUGUUUUGGUAACAUUCUCACACCAUAUGGAAUAUUGCAAUUGACAAAACGAAGACGAAUUGUAAGAACAAAUAACUUAAACAGUAUUAACUAAUUUUUAACAAAUAAUUAGAACAAUACUUAUACUAUAAAUAUUACUAGACAUGUUAUAGUUGGUUCAGAACGAUAUCUACGAGAGAAAACUAAAUAGAAAAGAAAAAAUAUUCACAAAGUGCAGGUUUCCGCACAGAAUUUGUAAAGAAAAUCAAUAUGUACAUUAACAAAUAUAACCUAUACGGGUUCUACACUGGAUUGCAAAUUUUUUGCCAAAAAUAGUCAGGGUGGAAAAAAAGUAUCAAAAUCUGCAAUUGUGGUCUAAAACAUGCAACUUUCCUGCAAUCCUCUUGAUGUUAUCAGUUUGGUGAUUAUCCCUGAUUGGGGGGGGGGAGGGAAGAUAGUCUUAAUGAAUGGUUUGAAUUGUUUGGUCUGAUAAUUGAGGUGUUCAUCUUGAUUCAGUAACACAGUUGUCUUGUCUGCAUUCCUGGUGCAGAGGAAUGUAGGUGAGGGAAGAAGGGGGAGGCUAGUUGAUUUGUAGCCAGUGGCUUGUGAGUUGGUGAAUGUAGAAAGUAGGAGGAGAUGAAGGAGGGGGCACAGUGUGUGUUCAGGGGGCUUCCUGAGCAUUACUGGUCUUGUUCAGGGUCAAUGCAUCUAUAACAAAGGAGAUUUACCAUGUUUGACACAAAGACAUCUAAACACUCUCCUCCCAAACCAAAAUUGUCCUUCACUGCACUUUAAUCAAGUCUCAUACUCCUGUGAGCCAAGUCAUGUGGAUUGACCGCUGGGUAUUCAAAGCUGUAAAUAAACUGCUCAUUUGCACCAUUGAUAAAGACAAAGAGUUUGCGUUGGUUUUUACUUGGGGGGGGGCGUGACAUAAACAAGGUUAUUCACUAAAGAAAUUGAAUUUAAAAUAUAAAUUAAAAGUAGCUGAAAUGGAAAAAUUCUAACAGCUAUGCAUUCAGUUCAGCUAAUCUGGCCUGUGUCUAUAUCCUGUUCCUGCAGUUUUAGCAGUGUUUACAUUACUGAUUAGUAACACCUCUAGUAGCAGCCACUCAGACGACCACUAGAGGUUAAUCCAAGCCCAUGGAGGUGCUGAAUGUUCUCCAUAGAGAUGCACUGAUUCAAUGCAUCUCUGGAGAUGUUGAUUGGCACAGCACAGUGUUUUACCACACAUGUGGAAUAGCCUCUCAAUGUUUCCUAUGGGAAAGCAUUGCAAUCGCCAAGAUUAUCAAGUUUGAUGAUUUCAGCCAUGAAGGCAAAGCCAGCCACGGUGAGACCGGCACAACGUGGCAGAAAAGGUGAGUAAAAUCACAUUUCCCAUGUGAUGCAAGAGUGGGGACACACACCUAAAUAGCUAGUUUAACUAUAGUGUCAGAGAUACCAUAACCACUAAAGCUGGUCCAGUUCUUUUUAAAAAGUGACUUACAUUCUGGUUGGUGUUAUACAUUCAGCCUCUGUGUUGCUAUGAGCACAUUAAAUUAAAUUUUAUUACAAUUUGAUGAUGAUUUUUAUAAUGGUUAUAAUGAAAAUUAUAAUGCUAAUAUUACAGGACAAAUAAAAGUUAACAACAUAUGGUGUUAUAUUGUGGUUCAUGAGCUGUGACACCACCCUCUUGUGGGAAAAAGGAAUUAUAGCAAUUUCUCAACCUUUUACGGAGAAGUUCCCCUACCUGAAGAAAGUAAUUUAUAUUGAUUUCAAUUCCACAUGAAAAGUGUAGACAUUAGUAUUAAAGUCAUUCCCAUAUUGGAGAUCAAUCCUGAUUUAAAGGUAGUAAAGAAUAUUUAUACAAUAAAUAUGACAUAAUGUGAAUAUUGAGUAAAUAAGGAGGCAUCCAUGAAAUUAUAAUACACACAUAAUAGUUACACACAGAGGACACUGACACACACAGUUAAACACAGAGGACACUGACACAAACACACACACAUUUACACUGUCAAACACAUUUACACACAGUGGGCACUGACACACAUAUUUACAAAUAGAGGAAACUGACACACUUACACAGACAGAACACUCUCACUGGUUUGACACACACUGAUAGACACACACAUUCAAUGACAGACACAUACACGUUCUCUCAUACACACUCACAAAUUAUUAUUAUUAUUUUUUUAAGUUCACCUACUAAAAGCUGGAGGGGAUCCUUUCCCUGGCGUCCUGUGUAGGGCUUGAAUAAUCUUCCUGCUCUCCCAGCACCGCUCCCUAAUACGCUGUUUAGUGAUGCUGGAGUGACAUCAUACCCCUGCUCCAGGCAUCACCGCAAGGCACGCGAGUGAGUAGUGCUGGAACAUCAUAAAGAGUACAGCCGACCACCUCCCAGAAGUUAUGGGGGGGGUGGGGAGGCUCGUGGCGUACCCUCUGCCUGUAAUGCGUGUACCCCCUGGGGUAUGCAUACCACAGGUUGACAUACUAAGAUUCAUAGAACUUGUAUGUGUAUGAUAUUUCUUACACAUAUGUUACCGCAAGUGUUUUACGUAAUAUAAAGUACUUAACAGAGAAUGUUACCACUUGUGUCUUUAACAUCAGCUGCUUACUGUUACAUUAUCUGAGCAUAUGUGUUUCUGUCGAGACAUUAAGGUUCCCUCAGUCCAAAGGACAAUAAUAAGCCAGAUACCUUGAUGGGUAUAUUUUUCUACUGUAUCAUUUUCUUGCAGCUCCCCUGUUUACUGUUUCAUUUUCAGACCAAACUAGCUAAACUGGAAUAGUUAUCCAACACAGAUACGUGUCCAGCUCAGCUAGUUUGGUCUGCAAUUCCUAAUUUCACCCCAAAAAACUUUAACUUAAAGUUACAUGCGCUGACAGCUUCUCUUCUAUUUAUCCCCCAUCCACCUCUUUUUUCGUGUUAAUAAAAUUUCUCAUGUGGCGCUCCUUAUAUUUGGGACGUUCUGCUUGUCUCCAGCGGGCACACCCAAGCGCUCUAGUAUUAUAAUCCUUAAAUACACACCUCUUAUAGAAACAUGCCUAUUAUCCGGUAACUCUAACUCACUCCUGCCGCUGCAUUUCAAAUUCAGUGCUGUGUUUUUGGCAGACCUUGCAAAAAUUCUCCUCUCUAUAGAAGUGGGUUAACCCCGCUUGCUCUGGCAUUUUUUACAUUUGGAAAUUUUAUGUAUUGAUAUGGCUUGAUUCCCCCUGGUACUUAGAGAUAUAAUUGAAAAUAAACACACUGCAGAGACGUAUUUGUAAAAUAUCUUCCUUAUAUUUUACGUUUUCACGUAUAUUUCAAAGUGUUUAUUCAAAAGAUUUGCAUAAAUGGUCUCACACAGAAUUACCUGUUAAACCUAUUACACAUUAACAAGGACUCGCAAUGGUUGGAUUUCUUGAUUAAUAUUUUUUUCUUUUCUUUUUGGUUCAGUUAGUGGUUUCAAUAAUAAAUUAAAUAAUUUAUUACUGAAGAAACUUAUUUGAACUGCGACUGAUUGAUCUCUGGCAACCAAUAAAAAUGUUAUUCACAAAAAUAAAUAAAUAAGGAAUUUAAAGGAACACUAUAGGGUCAUAAACACAAACGUAUUCCUGACCCUAUAGUGAUAAAACCACUGCCCCCCCCUUACUCCCUAAAUAUAGUCAAAUCUUACUUCUAUUCAAGUCUGCAGCUGCUGGAUCUGCCCCUGAUCUUCCUGCUUGACUGAUAUCAUCAGAAGUGUUGUUUUGAAAUGCUUUCCAAUAGGAUUUACUGAGACUGUCAAAGAGGCAGAGCAGGGGCAGAGUCAGCACAAGCUAAACAUAGCCCUGGCCAAUCAGCAUCUUCUCAUAGAGAUGAAUUGGAACAAUUCAUCUCUAUGAGGAAAGUUUAGUGUCUGCAUGCAGAGGGAGGAGACUUUGAAUGGCAGUGCUGCACACUGUGCAUCAUUGCCCCAGGAAGCACCUCUAACAGCCAUCUAAGGAAUGGCCACUGGAGUUAUCCCGCACAAGACAGUGUUUAUUGCAAAAAGCCUGAAGGGAAUGAUUCUACUCACCAGAACAAAUUAAAUAAGCUGUAGUUGUUCUCAUGACUAUAGUGUCCCUUUAAUGGUCCUGGGGCACUGAAUCCAGACCAUUUCAAUGAUCUGAAGUGGUCAGGUUGCCCAUAGUGCCCCUUUAAACCUUUAACAAUUAUGAAAAAAGACUUGCGGUGGUUGGCUUUUUCUCUUUACUUUUGGGUUUAGUUACUGAUUUCAAUUGUUCUUAGUUGAAUUAUAUGUUUCCGAUUUUCUUGUCAAUGCUCAUAAAACGUCUUUUUUGAACAGUUGUCUUUUGUAAUAGGUGACGACAUGUGAACCUAAAUAACACAAAGAAUGAACAAAAUUAAAUUUAAAAAACUUAUAACACUAAUUUCAGAGAUCCAUGCAUGCAGGGGUUGAAAGAAAACCUGUCACUUUGAUAUUUAGUUUUUUUUCUUCUUUGGUUUAUGAAAAUUCUCACUUUAGGAAAUACAUUUAAAAAAAGCAUUUGUUCUUAAGAAGCGUAUAUAUGUAUAUAAAUGCACGUGGACCCAGCACUCACUCUCCUGGUCUUGUCCUUGUCUGGGUGUAAAUCAAUAAUGCCAAAAUAUAAGUAUCAAGGACGGUGCACUCACAGGACUUUGUACAUAAAUCUUGAAGCUUUAUUGUGCAAUCACACACCAGAAAAUGUGUUUACGUUUUAGUCCUCUAUGGGACCUUUCUCAAGCUUAAUUAUUUUACAUCGUAUACCAUGCUGUUUUGGCACAGUCUGGCAUAUGGUGCAAAUUACCAUGACACCCAUAAUGCAUUGAGGGCAUGUGUAUUUAUAUCAACAUAAAAGGAGCGCAGAUAUCAGUAAGUGAUAUUGCUAAAGAGCUCUGUGAUACACUCGUGCACCCUGUAAGUUUUAUUGCAGUGGAAUAAUAUGAUAUAUCAAAAAAUAUUCAGUAUACAGAAAGGGGCACAGGUCAAUUUGCCAACAACAACAACAAUAAUAAUAUAGAGGGUUACGAAACAUCUGAAUGCCAGAGAAUACUUACAGUUGUAGGUGCUUGGAGGGCUUAGACUUAGAGCAUCUUUACAGAUCAUGUUGACUCAGUUUAUGGUAGGUGAUAAAAUUUGGCAGGAAUGUGCAAUGGGCCUUUGUAAAGCAUAUGUAUAAGUGUGUAAACUUUUGUUGUCGGAACAUGGUUAUGUUAAAUGACCAGACCUAUUGUAAGAGACAUGACAGGCAAACACACCCUUAUUUGGAUAACAGUAUACCCCCACGAAUAGGUAUUUGCAUACGGCUGUAUAGUAGUAGUUUGUUUGUACACCUUGUGAGCACCCAACCCCCUCUCUCUCACUUUAUCUCUCAGUUUGCAUCUACUAGUGCAGCUAAUCUCCCAUUGAGGCUUUUGCUAUUUAAGUAACAGACCAUUAAGGAACAUCUCACUCAGAUUAUGAGAUUGUCUCAGCAGGACCUAUCCCUCUUUAUCUGCUAAAGGCCUUUAACCCAUCACCUGCUGCAGUGACAGCUCCUAAAGAAUUAGAUAACUGUCUCUGUGUAGUGAAACGCAUCACGGCGUGGUUUUUGGGGGCUGUGCUAGUAACCGGGGGAAAAAUUAAACACGGGUCAUGUUUGGUGCAGUUAUAAACGCUCAGAAUGUAGAAUCAGUCAUCAAUAUUGCAUUUUAUUCUUUCAAGAAUACCUUUCAGAUAUUUAAAUAAUAUGAUACGUUUGCUCUGUUUGAUUCCUUGAGCAUAUUCUUUGUCAUUAAAAUAUAUUGCAAUGCCCAAAAUGGUUUAACCAGUAGAGUGUCAGAAGGAUGUAAGAAGCACUCAAAUCAAUUUUAUCUUCUUCAAGCAUUUUUUCCGGUAAGGUUCUUCUACGAUACAUUUCUGUUACUUUGUUCCUGUCUGCAAAGGUUAAAACAAUAUCAAUGUGCCAAGUGCUAUAAUCUGUGCCCAUCAUGUUGUAAUCUUUGUAUUACGUAAGAAGAGUCAUCAGGAGCUUGUGGGUUACUGAGUGAGUAAGCUGUGAAUGGUGAACGAUAGACCAAAAAAAAAAAAAAAAAAACUAAAUUAAGCAAUUAUUAGCCAUGGUUAGACUCUGCUGUCUGUAGCCAAAGCACAGUGGGGCUCCCUAGAAAUGUGGUAGGCAACCGUCGGCACUUCAGAUGUUGUGGACUAUAUCUCUCAUAAUGCUCUUUCAGCCAUAAUGCUGGCAAAGCAUCAAGAGAGGCGUAGUCCACAACUCUGAAGUGCCAAGGUUGCCUCUUCCUGCCUUAGAAUAAUCUUCUAACUAAAGAGAGCCAAUUUUCCCUCCAUCUUGUGUGUUUGGAAGUGAAGGGUUGAGUUCAUGAAUGUCCUUUCUUCCUACUAUUUCUAAAAUAAAGGAAGAGGGGAGGAUCCCAAGUCUGCUGGUCCGAAGUGUGUAUAUUCGUGUGGUCGUGUGGUGGGGUCGAGGCAUGCCCAUUGAUACAUUGUGAAUAGCUGUAUAUAAGAUCAGACAUUGUAACAGAAGUAGCAAUAUAUAAACCAAAACUAGCCAAAGCUUGAGAAAGAGAUUUUCAAGUUUACCACAACCAGAGCCAAAUGCAUCAAAAACAUUUUAAACAAAAAAGGACUCUGGUGAUUUAUUAAGGUAGGGGGUUGCAUUAUAGAGAUCAGAGGAUUAGGGACCACUUGAUCCAAAAGUAUAGAGACAUGGGUCUGGUCAUGUCCUGGUUCCUUCAUAUAUAUUAGAUAGGGGCUCUAGAAUCCUCCAGCCAUCCAUAUAUCCAAUAUACUAAGAGCCCACUGGGGAAAUGGGGUAGGGGUAUUCAUUUCUCCCCCCUAAUUAUUACUCAUAUGGGGAGAUGGGUUACAUGCUGAGUGCCCUCGUUAACAUUUUGUUUUGUUUUCUAAAUAUUUGGUGGGGUCAGAGGAUAAUCCAAGUAUUCUUUUUUUCAAGAGAUCAGUUACAUUUCCUCUCUGUUUAUAUGGAUUAGACCACAAACAAUAUGUUUUGUUUUUUUAAUUUUGAUUUUAGCGCUGAAGCAGGAGUGGUGCUUUGGUCAGAUUAUAUUGCAGCAGAGCCCUUUACAUUGUCCAUAAAACCACUCAGAUGAAAUGUUUGCCUUACAGGAAUAUGUGGAUAUUUGUGUAGAAAUAGUAAAUCUGGGACAUGGCUCUAAAAGUGGUCACCAUGGAAACCACUGGAAUGUUCCUGCAUUAUUUUUUUUUACCCUGGGGUUUUAUUCAUUAAACUCUGAAUUGUAACAAAUCUGAAUGGCAAACUCUACACCUAAAUUGCUGAUCUGCCUACACUUUGAAUUUGGAUUUUAAUUUUCUGCAUUCAGAAUUUACCAUAUAACCUAGAAUGUGUGACUGAGACCUCUCAAGCAAAGGGUUACUCCAAACACCAUAACCACUACAGCCCGCUGAAAAAAGUAAGGAGUAGCCUGGGCCAGUUGCCCAAUAAUGGAGUAAAUCAUUUAGAAAUGAUUUGCCCCCUUAUCCAGGUUUCUGGUGGUCCUGUGACGUGCUUUUGUGGAGCUGCAGAAGCCGGAAGCCACACUGAGAGCAUCAUCUGACAUCUCUCAGCCAUUGACUGUCAUUCUGUGCAAUGAUAGCUGCAAUAAUUCACAUUAGCCAGCACAGAGCUCUAGUUUCAGGCUGUCUGAUGACACUCUAAUGACCCUGCCGGAGGUGGAGUUACAGCUCCAGCAGCAGAGGGGUUAAUCUGCAAGUCACGAAACACUGCACAUGCAGACUGCAGGUACCAUGACCACUUCAAAUCACUGAAGUGCUGAUGGUGCACAGAGAAACCCUUCAAAAAUCGCAGUAGACUCUACAUGAAUCAGCGCCGCCUGUCAGAACAUGACGCAGGUAUUAACAAAACACCAAAAAUGUACUGCUGCUAAAACAUACAGAUUCAUAGAGAUACAUCUAUUUCCUGAUAUUAUAGAUUUUAAUUUUGUAAAUUUCCCUGGUGAUUGGCUCACACACGUGGGUGGAUUCAUCACAGUAAGUUAGUUGAUUUGUCGAAUUUUCCCAGUUCAUCUAUUUUUUCAUAAACGUUACCUAUCUACUCUCCAUCAUCACUGAUUCAGUUAACGCUGAAUAUAUUAAAUCAUUAACCCUUCAUAUGUAAACUCCUAUAAGCAGGGUCCUUUUCUCUUAAUGUCCAAAUAUGUAACAUUUUAAUAAUCAUUUGUACAUUGUACAACUUCCAGGGUUAUUUUAAGUGAGGAUUCAAAGCGAAUUUGAAAUUUAAAGGCCAGAGCAGCUGAACGGAGAGCAUAGCGGAGUUAGAUAAUUUUUCCAUUUCGGCUAUUUUAACCUUACAUUUGAAAUUCUCUUUAAACUCAAUUUGAAUUCUCACUUUUAGUCAAUAACCUUGUCUGUGUUUAUUGUGUUAGGGAAGUCGGUCUAUAAAUAAAUAUACUAUUAAUAAAAGUAUGAACAGGUAAUGUUACAGGUCGGUGAUUGUACUAAUGUAGACAUUUAUUAUAUUGUCUUUCACCCACUGACCUCUACUUACUAGUUGCCAGGUUAAUAAUUAGCAGCUUGUAAGUUAAAUACUAUUUGAAUAGGCCUGUGUUGGGAGUGGAGUACAAAAUUAUUAACCCUUGCGUCUCACAAUUAGAACAGGUCAUCAAUGAGGUAGGACAGGGCUUCUCUGUUAACUUCUCUAUUUUUUUUCCCUGUUGAAUCUCCUACAGCAAUAAUUAGCUAAACAGGGGCGUAUUCACUAAACAUUACAAUACAGUGAAUUUAGAAACAAAAUUUAAGCUGAAAGUUCUGAUCUGGAAUUUUUUAUUCAACUGUCAAAAGUCAAUUCCUGGCUGUUUUAGACUUAAAUUUGUCAUUUCAUUUUUAGUUCCUUUCAACCUUAUGUUUAAUUGCAGGGUUUAAAAUUUUGAAUCGUGUGCUGCUAGCCAGGUCUUAAAAAUCACUUGCCACUUCAAGUCAGAGUAUAUCCUCCAGGUGUGAAUAUCUACUGACCAGCUCUUCAUUUUCACUUGUAAGUGGAAAUGUUUAGCCAAGUUUGAGUUAGUGGCACAUUGAAUUGGAAUCUGAGUUUACCGGUAAAUAGCCAAGUUGUCACUAUUGCCGAGUUGGACAAUUGUUCCAAAUCUGCUAUAUCCUCUAAAUUUUUCAUUUAAUUUUUCAGUUCUUUACAGUUCUUUGUUUAGUCAAUAAAACCCUGUGCCAAGCCCUGUGUACUCUGUCACUCUCCAAAAAUGCUCUUUAUGUACUAAAUCUGGAAUUGUGUAGACUUGAGAAUAAUUUGUAAAAAAAUAAUUGCAAUUUUUAAGCCAAAUUAAUUGAAAAAUUCAACAGCUCAUCUGUUUUUCAAGCUCGGUUAAUUUGUUGUAAAAUUUGCAAUUCUGUCUCAUUUCUCCACUUUCCUCAGUUUACCGAAUAAUGGUUUGAGAGUGUCUCCUGUGCCCCUUCCAUUAAAUGUACAACAUAAAACCGUAGAAAACAUUUUAAUUAAUACCAGAAACUACUAUUCCCAUUUUGUAGGCUGGCUGUGAUUGAUGGGGAUGCAGUGUUGUGGAUCUUAGAUCACUGCAUUAAUAUAUUCAGUGUCUGUUUAUUAGGGGAGCGACAUCUACUGUUAACCUGUUCUGUAGCCCCAGAGGAGCUGCUUCCUUUACACACUUUAUGAAUGCCCUGUGAGUCUCCGCCUGGAGGGUGUUCCUUCUGUGUCCAGUACUCUGCAAACGGUUCUCAGUUUGACUCAGGGCAUUACUUCCUGAUAAUCACAUGGGGAAAACAUCUGAAACCCAGGCUGGGAGAAAUUUAGGAUCAUGCUGCACCCACAGGACCCUAUCUGUGCAGCGGAACCUCUGAAUUCUGUCUUAGGGUUUGCCACCAGAUUCAUCUUCUGACUUCGUUAAAAGGUAAUCACUUGCUAUAUUCUUUCUGGGUUCCAAACAGUUAUUUCUUUUCCCAAAAAGAAAAGAUAAAUGGGUUGUGUUUUUUUAUUUUUUAUUUUUAUUUUUUUGUAACGGAGACACCGAGAAUUAAUAUAGGCGUUUGGCUGUCUGUUUUAAAAAAAUGUAAAACAAACAAAACUAACACUUUUUUUUUUGCAUACUUUCUAUGCAAAAUGUUAUAUUUUUUUUGUUUCUUUUUCUAGAUUCUGAAUGGCAGUAUAGUUGAACCUUGAUCAUCCCUGCCUUUUCAAGUGUGAAAUGUUUUUGAGCAUAGGAAAACGAGUAUAAGCCAGUGUAUUUUCUCUUUUGUGUGUGUGUGUGUGUGUGUGUGUUUUAUCUGAGUGGACUUAUGUUUUAAUGUGUCUACCAGUUUUAAAAUCUGAUUGUGGAGCUAGACUGGUUCUACAGCUUUAACCGCUCUUCAAAACGCAAAGGCUUCACAGUUCUUGCUUUAGAAUACAAGAAUGUGGUAGGAAACUAAGACAAUCUGUUUGUGUGUUUUAUUUUAUUUUUUUAUGUUUUAGGGUUUUUUCUCUAUUUUUGUAAUAUUUCUAAGGCAGGUUCUAUUUUUAUGUAAUUCUACAUACUCUAUGAAAACCCUCGCAGUGCAUGGCAUUGAAGGAGUUAACAGCGAGUGUGUGUCUACACGUGUGACCUGCAGGUCUAGAUCCUCUCCUGUAAUCUGCCUGCAUGAUAUUUUUCCAGUUCCCGUGGCUCUCUGGAAUAUAUGUACUGUUCUAACAGGUGUAGGAUCCGCAUUGUUUUCACAGUAGGAGUUUUGAUUGGGAGACGGGAAGUGGGGUGCUAGCAGCUUGGCACGAAAACACAGAACGAUUUACUGAGCUUGGCAUUUGCAGAUUGCUGCAGUUGCAGAACUGUGCCAGUAAUUAGUUCAGAAAUUCUUUGGAAUCCCUCAAGGCCUGACAUCACAAUAGCUGAAGUGUUGUGAAACUGGACCUGCAGAACUACAACCCCCAUAAUGCUUUGUCAAAUAGCUGGAAAGGUGGUUCUACCUUUUUGCUCCCUGUGCUUGCUAUCUGCCAAUUACGUAUACUAGAUUUUACGGGAAGGCAGAAGUGGUCCCACAGGGAUACUGCUAAUGCCUUAAACUUAUUGCUUCCUUUCAUAAAAAAUAUAUUGUGAUAUAUAUAUAUAUAUAUAUAUAUAUAUAUAUAUAUAUAUAUAUAUACCAUCAUGUAAAGUCAGUUUUACGAUGAACCAGCAGCUCCACAGUAGUUGCUGGACUAUAACUCCCAUAGCUCUCAGCCAGUAUUAGUAAUGUGACUUUAAAUUUUAUUUUAAUGGUUAAUGAAUAGGAUGCAGGUGUAUUUGUGGGCGAUCAGCCAAAAAAUGUGUGGUUGAGGCAACCAGAUGGUAUUUACUAUUUACACUUCUGGUGUACUUGGUCCUUGCCAACUAUAAGUGGCAGCAAGUGAUAAGAAGGAAGUGGUUUGGUGCAUGGAUUUUAUUUUCCCUUAAAUCACGAAAAGAGAAAUAUUACAUCAACUUGCUCAUCUAAAAACUGGAAUUGCCAGGUGCAUAGAGGUGUCGGUAGUUUUAAGGUACUAAUUGUCAGGAGAGGUUUGUUUAAAGAGCUAUUCUAUAUAUAUAUACUAUAGUCACCAGAACCAUUACAGCUUAUUGUGGUUGUUCUGGUCUGUAUAGUAUGUCCAUGCAGGCUUUUCAAAGAAAAGGCAGUGUUUACAUUGCUCCCUAAGGACACCUCCAGUAGCAGUCACUCAGACGACCAGUAGAGGUACUUCCUGUGUAAGUGCUGCACAGUGUGCAGUACUAGCGUUCAGCAUCUCCACGCUCUGAAUGGAGACUCUGAACAUUCCCUAUAGAGAUGCAUGGUAAUCCAUCCCUGUGAAGAGAUGCUGAUUGGCGCAUCUCUUCACAGGGAAAGCAUUGGAUUGGCUGAGAUCAUCAAAAUUGAUAUCAGCGGCAUAGGUGGGACUAGGAAGGGCAUGGGAGAAAAGGUGAGUAAAAUCCCCUAUUUACUGCAACUGGAUGGGACAUUCACCUAAACAGCCACUCAAGGACUAAAGUGUCAGGAAUACCUGUUUGUAUUCUUGAGAAUAUGGUGUUCCUUUAAUGUUCUUGCAAUACAUUAACCUGCUACAAACACAAGGAUAAAAUUGAAAGUGCUGUAAUGAUUCUGGAGGUAGCUCUGAUCUCCUCUAAAAAGCUAGGGCUACUGUCCAAGGUGCUCCUCCCAGUGUCUUCAAGGGCUAUGAAUUCCUCAGAUUAAGAGUCUUAAGAUUCCAGAAUCUAGACCCCCAAGCAGGCCUGCUUCAUACCACAUGGUGGAGAAAGGUCAGAGAAUUAGUGGAUAUUCAGAGUGGUCAUAUUGUAUCCUGCCUUGAACUAACCAAACUAUUAAGAUUUAUUGCCAAACCCAUUAUACCAGGGGAGCCGGAAGCAGUAACUGUCAGGAGAGUUCAUACUUUGUUUGUGAAUUAAAUGGGAACUGCACCACAAAUCCCAAGGGACGAUGUAUAUAUUCCUAUUCUGAUCAGGAGAAGAAUUGGGGGAAGGUUAGGCAAGGAUACUGGCAGAAAUUUGUCUUGGCACAAUGACUUCCCAUUCUCUUAAUUAUUUUCCUGUGUACAAAUACCAUUGUUUGUUAGACGCGAUAACUAUAAUGUAUAUUAUAUGUAUAAAUGCAGGUGACAUUCAAACAUGCCUUUUUCAUAUUGUUUGGCAUCAUGAUCUUGCACCAAUUGCUGUUCAGAGAUUUUUAUUUAUUUAUUUUAAAAAAAAUUUCUUGGACGUCUUCCUGCUUUUUGAAAUUCCUGCUCCCCAGGAGAGCGAAGAGUUUUAUCUCAAGGCUAACCGUUCUGCCGAGAGCAAAAAACAAGGUGCAAGAGAAUACUGAGAACGGACAUCAGGUCAAAUAGCCUGCCCUUCGGUGGGUUCCCACUCAGAUCUCAAGCUAAUCAUUCUGUCCCCCACCUUUUUACUUCUCGCAUUCUGUCAAUCUCCAAGGGCAGUGCUUAAGAAUAUUGAUUUGGUAAUAAAAAUCAUCUAUCCAUGCAUUUAGUUCAUUUAUGGCAACUAAGGUUUAUAACCUGUGUUGAAUGUGUAACGUUGUAUCGUGUUCUCUGGGACAUACUCAAUAAUGGAAUCUCAGUGUAUUAUUUUUUUUGUGGAUAAAAUACUUUAUGAAUUCCAGAGAUUUUUGGGUACUCUGGGAUAUGUUGAUGCAAUAACGUCUCCUCGGUGUGCUGGUAUUCAGGUCCCAGCUGUGACAUUGUCAUGUGAUGGAGCUUAAACGUGCCCUCACUCUGCAUUCUUAUUGCUGCUGUGGAACUCUUAGCCGGAGGCUGCGGAGCGUGCUGGUUUUGGUAUUUAGGCCCAAAUCCCAGUUGUGCUACCUGUCUGGCAGGGGUCAGGAUGCCUAGAAUUACUGGUUCAGCAGGGUGUCCAGACUAUUCACGUUCUCCCAUCUCCAAAAGUCACAGAAAUAAUCCUGUAAACGGUGUUUGCUCACUUUUUAUUCAAACCGUGCAAUUGAGGUUUAACCAUUUUCUGGAAUGUGCAUCAAAAGUGAUGCCACAAUGUAUUUGGCAUAUUUUUCGUGAGUUGCGUUUUAAGAUAACGCAAUAAAACGAUGCAUGCACAAGACCAGACCAGACCUCAGACCAGUUUAUGAAGCUUUAAAGGAGCAGCAUUCCUGAACUCUUUCCACUGGUUUAACUGGAAUAGUUGGGCAACAGAUCGUCAUCUGUAUCUGCAUGUACAAGGCAGAAAGACUGAAUCUGUAACCCUCAAUUUGUACAGAUGUAAAAUAAACCUUAAAGGGACACUAUAGUCACCAGAACAACAAGAGCUUGUUGUAUUUGUUCUGGUGAGUAUAAUCAUUCCCUUCAGGCUUUUUGCAGUAAACACUGUCUUUUCAGAGGAAAUGCAGUGUUUACAUUACAGCCUAGUGAUACCUCCAGUGGCCACUUCUUAGAUGGCUAUUAGAGGUGCUCCUGGGGCAGUGAGGUGCAGUGUGCAACACUGCCAUUCAAAGUCUCCUCCCUCUGCAUGCAGACACUAAACUUUCCUCAUAGAGCUGCAUUGUUUCAUAUGAGGAGAUGCUGAUUGGCCAGGGCUGUGUUUGGCUUGUGCUGACUCUGCCCCUGCUAUGCCUAUGUCUAUUUUUAGAGAAAAUGCAGUGUUUACAUUACAGCCUAGGGAUACCUCCAAUGGCAACUCCUCAGAUGUCUGCUAGACGUGCUUCCUGGGGCAGUGAUGCGCCAUUCGAUGUGUCCACUCUCUGCAUGGAAACACUGAACCUUCCUCAUAGAGAUGCAUUGAUUCAAUGCAUCUCUAUGAGGAGAUGCUGAUUGGCCAGGGCUUUUUGACUUGUGCUGGCUCUGCCCUUGAUCUGCCUCCUUGACAGUCUCAGCCAAUCCUUUGGGAUAGCAUUGUGAUUGGCUCACAGAAUCACUUCUGAUGAUGUCAGCCAGGCAGAACGGGGCAGAGGCAGCAGCUGCAAACUUGAAUACAAGUAAGAUUUUACUUUAUUAAGGAGGGGGAAGGGGUGACUAGAUGGUGGUUUUAACAAUAUAGGGUCGGAAAUACAUGUUUGUGUUUCUGACCCUAUUGUGUUCCUUUAAUUCUAGGAAUAUAAAUAUAUAUAAAUUAAUGUUAUUGGUAUGGAAUCCCAGUUCCAAGUAACUUGGAGCAUAAGCAAAGUAGCUGAAAUAAAACUACCACCUAGUAAUAGUGUCACUGGGUAGCUAUUUUGUUAGUGACUGGCUCACUUUCAGCAAUUUUUUUUAAAAUUAAAUAUUUCCUGCGUGCGUAACAAAUAUAUAGAAUUUUGGUCAGUAAUCUGUAUAGCAACUGUGAUAGUAAAUGUAUUAUAUUGUUUAUUAGCAUGAGUGUCCAUAACUCCAGAACAGCAGAUCUGAGUUUUGCAGGUGUUGUACAAUAUUUUUUUCAUAAUAGGAAAAAAUGACAAAAGUUUAAAAGGUAGUUUGCACACACAGCUUCCGAGCACCAUAACCGGACAACAGUUUGCAGUGGUUAUAGUGCUUAGAGUGUUUCUUUACGGCAUGGUAAUUGGUUAGACUGUGAGAGCUCUUCAUAUUUAGGUUUUAAUGUCUCGAGCAUAGGUCUCUGUGUGUCAUCUGAUUCCAAUCGCAGUCUUCUUCUCCGCUUUACACUAUAGAUGGAAUUUUAUAAAAGAAUCGCCUUGAACUAGUCUAACACAAUACGAAUACUGCUAAAUUGUGUCAGUGAAGGAUUCUCUGAAUAAAUAGCGUAUGAUUUGCCGUUAAUGUGUAAUGUAGACGUUUGUUGUAGAAUAUUUUGUGUAGCCAGAUUUAUUGUUCGUUUUUUAGAAGCAUGUGAGUUGAAAGAAAACACAAAACACACACUGUCAAUCAGCUGACUUGCCUAUAAAUUAUGGUUUUAUGUUUACUAGACCCUACCGCUGGCCCUGUGGGUAUCAGAUGGUUAAUUAUUGUACACCUUCCUGGCACUCCACUUAAUCGGCUUCUGCUGCUAUCAUUCUGCUGAUAUUUGCAUUCUUUACCUGUGAGUGUAAGUCCAGCCCUAGCUCCACUCCCCCAGUCCUGCCACUGUCUGACACUCUGAUAAACGAAAAAUGCAUGCUUUGGCAGUGAUAUCAUAGCUCAAGUACAGACGGCUUAAAAUACUGUAAGGAAAAUAUCAUCUAGAUCUUAUCCACAUAUUUUUUCACACCCUAUCUUCAUUUUAAAAACAGAUGUGGAAUAGAUUUUGUUUUUCUUGAAUGGUGCACAAUUUUGGGGUCAGAAGUGAAAAUGUAUGAGUGCUUAGACAUACUGAUUGUCCUGCAUAAGAGUUCACGUAUAUAGCAUUUAUAGCACAAAAACGUGACUUUAGAGAGUUCAGCUUUUGGUUUUAAAGGGACACCCCUAGCUGGAAGGGAUCUCCCAUUUUUUGAUGCAUUAUAUAGAUAAGCUUUAAAAAUAAAAUCAAGAAAGGUGAUGUAUGUACAUGCUGGCCUUCACAGCUGUGUGUGUGUUUGUACACUGAUCAGCUACGACAUUAAAACCACAUGCCUAAUAUUGUCUAAUAAUGAUCCCCUUUGUGCUGCCAAAACAGCUGGAGGCACGGACUCCAUGAGACCUCUGACCAUGACCUGUAGUAUCUGGUACCAAGACAUUACCAGCAGAUCCUUUAAGUCCUACAAGUUGCAAGGUGGGGACUACAUGGAUCGAAAUUGUUGUUCAAGCACAUCCUACAGAUCUGAACUCUAUGUUCCUCAAACAAUUCCUGAACAAUUUUUGCAGUGUGUCGGGGUGCAUUAUUUUUCUGAAAGAGGCCACGGCCAUCAGGAUACACCAUUGGCACAAAGAGGUGUAUGUGGUCUGCAACAAUCUCUAGGUAGGUGAUGUGCGUCAAAGUAACAUUUACAUGAAUAACAAGGCCCAAGAAUUCCCAGCAGAAUAUUGCCCAGAGCAUAACACUGCCUCUUCCAGCCUCCCUUCUUCCAAUAAUGCAUCCUGUUGCCAUGUCUUCCCCAGGUAAACAAUGCAUACUCACCUGGCCAUCUACCUGAUCUAAAAGAAAAUAUGAUGCAUCAGAUGCGGCAACCAUUGCUCCACAGUCCAGUUCUGACGCUCAUGUCCCCAUUGAAGGUGCUUUUGGUGGUGGAUAUGAGUCAUCAUUGGCACUCUGACCAGUCUUGCAGCCCCAUGGACAGCAAACUGCAAUGCACUGUGUGUUCUGACACCUUCAGAUCAUGAUGUGCUACAGGUAGCUCUACUGUAUGAUCAGACCACCGGGAGUUGCCUUCAAUCCCCAUGUGCAUUAAUGAGCCUUGGGCACCCAUGACCCUGAUGCGUGUCCUUUUUUUUUUUUUUACACCACUUUUGGCAGCUAAUACUGGGAACUUCACAUUUUGGAGAUGGUUUGAUUGAGUCGUCCAGUAAUCAAUAUUUGGACCUUGUCAAAAUCACUCAGACCUUUUUGCUUGCACUUUUUUCCUGCUUUCAACUCAUGAAGUUCAAGAACUGAAUGUCUACUUGCUGCCUAAUGUAUGCCAACCCUUGACAGUUGCCAUUGUAACAAUAUAAUCAAUGUUAUUCACUUCACCUGUCAGUGGUUUUAAUGUUGUGGCUGAUCUGUGUGUGUAUACAAUUUAUUACGUAUUUAAAACUGUGAUACAAAGUAUCUUUCCUUGGCCAUGUUAUUCAACUGAAAUCGGUAACUAUAACAUUUGUUGCCCAAAUUAUAGGGCGUUUUCACACCACUCCUGUGUCAAUAUACAAUAUAUUUGUUUUUCAGUGUUUUAUGUUUUAUGGCUGUAGAUUAUUGCUACUGCCGAUAUUCUCAUGAACCAUUUGUAACCGUGCUUUGGCUGUUAGAUUUCCAUUUUCUUUUGUCACUAUUUUGUUAAUUUAUUUGUGUAGGUCUCCCCAGACCUUGAACCAUGAUCUGUUUCAGUCUGAUCUUCUCUCAUAAAAGGAUAUGUAAUCCAGUCAUUGCACCCAAACCACUUCAUUAAAUUGCAGUAGAAUGAGUGAGUGGCUAUAGUGUCCCUUUAGCUUCCUCUGCCUCCCAACUCCCUCACACAAAUCCCCUCCCCUCCCACCACGGUGAAAAAAGAGAUACAAAUUCUUUACUUACAUGAUCUCAGCAUUGGGUCUUGGCUCCACCUCCUCCGACGUCACUCAACAUGGGGAUGCAAGUGCCGCUCUAGCAUUAGGGAUCCCCAUAGCAAAGCAUGAAACUAUGAUUUCCUAUGGUAAAAUAGCACACGCUGGAUGUCCUCCUGCAGAGUGUGAGGACAUUCAGUGCCAGUUAGAGGGCCAAAAGCCUGGUAACAUUCUGGAAGCACCUCUAAUGGUUGUCUGGUAGAGUGCCACUAGAUACUGUCUUAGUGCAGUGUGUUACAUUGCAGCACUUAGGCAAUAGGGUUUGACGUAGUCUGGGUGCCUAUAGUGUCACUUUAGCAGUGAAUGCAUGUGUGGUAUUAUAGUGCUGCAGGUGAGAUCUUCACUUUGCAUUUCUUUACUGCAGCACUGCAAGGGUUAGUUUAUGAAACACAUAUUUAGGAAUGAGCAUUUUUAUUCUUCUGUUUUUAGUCAUAUAUUAUCAAUGUUUGCAUGAUUCUCUGUCAAGAUAAAUUCCUUCUGCCUUUAAGCUCCCGGAAAUUCCCUUUUAUGCAGGGGGGGGGCAAUACAUAAAUUGCACUGUGUAUCUGAUUAAAUAAAAAGGAGUAUUGUCCCUGUGUAUCUACCUGACUGUCUGAAACCGGCAUUCAUAUUCUGUAGCCACGUACUAAACUAGAUAAACAUGUAAUUGCAAUGCUGAAAAGAAUCCAUCGUAGACCAGUGGUGCCAAAAUAAAAGAUCCCCAGAUGUUGUCGAACUACAACUCCCUUGAUGCUUUGCAUGCCUUUGGAAUGCCUUUAGAAUGGCAAAGCAUCAUGGAAGCUGUAGUUUUUAAAACAUAUGGGGAUCUACCAUUUGGGCACCCCUGUUUACAAAUCUAUCGUAAUUGCCUAGUCUUUGAAAUAUGUUUGGAAAUCCACCAAUCUUCUAAAAUAAAAUCCACUGUAUCUUUUACGCACAGUCAGACCCUGUAACAUUAAUCUUUCCAACACACGGCAGCAAGUAAAUCCAUUCAUCUUGCACCUGUCGGAUUUGCUGGGGUCUUAUAAACUCAGGAUGGAGCUGUACGGCAGGAGGGUGGAGUAUUGUGAGUUUGUGUUUGCCUAGGGAUUAUUUGUAAAGAACAUUUCCUGGAAGUGUGUCCAAUGACACUGCUUAAGAAUAGAACGUGCAAGUCCCACCUCAAGUCACUGUGUAAACAGCACACACCGAUACUGAAUGUCUUUUGUGACCUCAGGAACAGAGCUGUACUUGGGUCGAUGGAACAGGUGUUUUUCAUGCCAGUAUUGUUACAUCAAGGGCUCAGUCGGAAAAUUCACUGCUAAUGGAUUUUCUAAUUUUGUUACUAUAAUUCAGGGUUUGACGGUACUUAGGAACCAGGCGAAAUAUUCCACAAAAUGCUACCAUUUCAUAAAAAUAUAAGGUUGGCAAUUUGUGGGUUUCUGUGUGCACCUGUCUCCCACUUCAUAAAAAUGAAUAUCGUUGUGCAAUUAUUCAGAUUAACUCUUCUUCUGGCUAGGGAGCAAAACAAAACGUGAAUGCUAAGCCUCUGAACUUGGAAAGCAUCAUGUGUUUGAUGAAAUUGUUUCAGAGAAACGACUUGCAACUUUGUACAGAAUUUCCUUUUGCGGAUGGCCACCCUAACUGUAAAACUACUUGACUAUUUCAAAUCAAGAUGUAUUCGAUAGCAUGUCACUGAAUAACUUGGUGCUGAAUUAAGUAAGGCACGUGGAUAAUUGGUCAGUUUUAGUCCGUUUUGUGUUUUGAGAAUUGUAAUAGUCCACCUUAAAGGAACACGACAGGGUCAGGAACACAAACGUAUAUUUCUGACCCUGUAGUAUAAGUAUAGUAAAAUAUUCCUUUUAUUCCAGUCUGCUGCUGCUGACUCCUCUGCCCUGAUCUGCCUGUUUAUCUGACAUCAUCAGAAGUAAAGGUCUGAGCCAAACGUAAUGCUUUCCUAUAGGAAAACAUUGGAUUGGCUCAACUUGUCAAGGAGGCAGAUCAGGGGCAGAGCCAGCAGAAGCCAAACACAGUCCUGGCCAAUCAGCAUCUCCUCGUAGAAAUGCAUUGAAUCAAUGCAUCUCUAUGAGGAAAGUUCAGUGUCUCCAAGCAGAGGGUGGAGACACUGAAUGGUGCAGCACUGCCCCCAGGAAGCUCCUCUAGCAGCCAUCUAAGGAGUGGCCAGUCCAGGUAUCCCUAGGUGGCAAUGCAAAAACUGCAUUUUCUUUAAAAAGACAGUGUUUACUGCAAAAGGCUUGCAGGGAAUGAUUAUACACACCAGAACAAAUACAAUAAGCUGUAGUUGUUCUCAGGCCUGGCCAUCGGGCACACACACAUUGCACCCCUCACACACACACACACACACACACUCACAAGAUGUCCUCCACACACACACUGCACCACCUACACACACACACUACAUUUCUGACAUACACAUUCUGGAUCCCCUAUGCACACACGAUUUCUUGUAAGCAAACACAUACUACAUUCCCUAAACACACACUCUCUACAACCCCUACACACACUACAUUAUAUUUAUAUAUAUAUAUAUAUAUAUAUAUAUAUAUAUAUAUAUAUAUAUAUAUAUAUAUAUAUACACACUACAGCCCAUUUGCACACCCUCGCUACAUCCCCUAUACACACUAUGCCCCCUAUACACAAACUCUCUACAACACCUAGACACACAUACAUUACAUUUCACUACAAGCACAACAUGACUGGAACCAACAUAUUAACAAAAAAAACACACCACAAUCAGCUUCAAACACUUGCACAGUACUCUUUCCUGGCUUUUUUGUCUUUUGGUAUCCAAUUUAUGGAGAUACCAGAGACAAGUUUCAAAGAAACACAGCACAAGCAUGUUAUUAAAUUUGCUUGCGCUUUGCAGAACAAACACAGGGCCCUUUUCUCAUGCUAGGGCUCUUCAGCAGAGCUCUGUGCAUGGUCUGCCCUGGAAGAGCAUUGAACCAACAUGCUCACUUUGAGAUGGCGCGUGCUUGUCAUUGGGAUGACAAAACACAUACUAUCUGGCCCCGCCCCCUUUUCAGUGGGCCGCUGUGAUAAAAAAAAAUGCCCGGGCCGAUUUUUUUUUUUUUUUUUUUACCAGUCCGGCCCUGGUGGUUGUUGUGUCCUUUUAAAGGGUUUGGUGGAAAGUCCUUAGCUGGUCCAAAGUCUUCUGAUCUGAUAGAUCAAUGGGAGUAUCUUUAGGAGAAUACUUUUUAACCUUGUGACAGUUGUACCCCUUGGUGAAUUCCUAACCACACUUUAAUCACCAUUAUGGAGUUUUAGAAUGGAAAGGUGGGAGGGGGAUGGAUUUUACCACUUAUGCUAUAAAAAAAGAGAGAAUGAAUAGUACAAAGGUCAUUAUAUAAUUUGAAACUUUUGCAAUUGUCUUAUAAACUCUUAAAGAUUAAAAGGUCCCAUGAUUAAAUCGAACAUCUUCCAAAGAGAGAACCUUGGCAGGAUUAAUCACCGGAUUUCCCAACAUUAAUACGUGUCUUUGUGUCAUAACACUCGGACUACUGGUUAUUCUACAAAAAAAAAAAAAAAAGCUAAGCCAAGUUAUUUACUAAACAGAAACUCUGUUAUCACAUGCCUUCAUCCCCUGCUCUCUGCAAUAGUUGCCCAUAAAAUGUUAUAUAGCCUAUGAAGUCGACUUGCUGGCUUUUAAAGCUUUAAACAACCUCCGUGAGUAUCUAUUUCUCUCUCUAUCUCUUUUUUUUUUUUUUUUUCCCACUCUGCCCCGUACCUUCUCUCAAAUUGUUAAGUUCUUGUACUGUGCAGGCUCCGUGUGAAGGCUCCUGUUUGCCCUAUAGUUACCCUUGAGUUCUGGACCACUUGGUGCGUGAGUGUCUCUUUAAGUGGAUUUUCCAGUUAUUGACUUGUGGUUUUGUUUAAAAUUGCUUUAUUAAGUUGAUAAAAUUAGUGUGUGUUUGCAUGUUACUGCCCAACAAACCGAAACUGGAAUGGUACAGGAAAUUGGUUAUAUUAGCCUAAAUAGUGUGUAAACUUUUGCAUUAAACUUCAAAGCACUCAUUGUGAAUAGGCUUUCCGAUAAUGCUAGUAAUUUGUCCAAGUUUACAGUGAAGGCCACAUCAUCAGAAAUUUGCCGGUAGCUGUUAAAACUAAACUAACCACAAAAACAACACAAUAUAUUGUAGGAUUAUUGGCGUUAUGUGACCAUUGUCUUCAGUUACUGCAAUUCUCAAAUUAAGUGUAAUAUGGGAAAACUUAUUUAGCAUAAAAUGUUCUGUAUAUUUUGCAUGAAGUCCGCUGCAUUGAUUUGCAAAGGUUUACAUUAAAGUACUUUUAAAGGGACACUAUAGUCGCCAAACAACUUAACAAAGCAGUUUUGGUGUAUAGAUCAUGCCUCUGCAGUAUCUCUGCCGUUUAGGAGUAAAUCAUUUUGUUUAUGCAGCCCUAGCCCCACCUCCCUGCAUGUGACUUACACAGCCUUCGUAAACACUUCCUGUAAAGAGACAUAUCAUAAUGAAACUUCCUUUAUUGCACAUUCUGUUUAAUUUAGAUUUUUUUUUUCCCCUACUCUGUUAAUAGCCUUCUGUGUGUGAGUAAAGUUCAAUUUACAGAGCAAGGGAUGAAACUUCUAAAGCAGGUUAAGGUCUGAUUUCAAAGUGAAACAAUUUUGUUUUCAUGCACACAAUGUGAGUGAGAGUCAGGGGAAGUGUGGUUAGGGCUGCAUAAAUUGAAACAAAAGUAAUUUAACUCCUAACUGGCAGAGAAUUGAGCAGUGACCCUGCAGGGGCAUGUUCUAUAGAACAAAACUGCUUCACUCAGCUAAAGUUGUUACUUAUAGUGUUCCUUUAGAUAGUAGAAAGAUGUGAUUUAACGCUACGCCCCAGCUGUAUGUUUCAUUGAUAAGUGAUACACACACGUAAUUAGUCAUUCUGUCACACACCGCCACCAAGUAACAUUUACACACACACCCAUAUAAUCGCAAUCACAAAUUCUUCAAACUAGCCGUACUUUUCUAUACAAACACACGCACACAUAUAAAACCAGACACACACACACACAUCCCCCAUCCCCACUGUAUCUCCUAUAUAGACCCACAAUGUGUAUAAAUGUAUUGAAAUAUACAAAAAAAACCUGUGAAGUAGCAACUGUAUCAGUCUGUUUAUGUAUUGACACCCAUUGGUGGAUCUGCUUUGUCAAUACAGAAUGGCGUAAAGGCCCAAUUUCUUUCUGGAGAGCUGUAAACAAAACAACCUAAAUAGUGAAUUGUUUAUCAUCUCAUAUUUUGCAGUAAUAAAACUUUAUGUAGGAAGCGGCUUUUAUUAGUAAUCAAAUUUUCUUCAUGGAGGAUAUAAAUGGUGAGUACUAUAGGGCAGGUCUUUUUGUGCGCUGCCACACACAUUAACGAGUUUUGUUAACAGGAAAUCCAUGGGGACUCUGUGUAAACCCAAAUUUGUGUUUAUUUUUGGGUUUGGGGGAUAGUGUCGAGUAGAUCUGAUUGAUGAAGCUUCUAAGCAGGGAUUAUUGCUUGAAAGUUAAAAAAAAAACAAAAAAACCCUUCAGGCCAGGAAACUGCAUGAACUCCACCUAGAGCAUGAUCCAGUAACGGCCUAAUGCCUCCCAGUAGCUCAUAAUGCAUGCUAAUUCACUGCUUUCAUAUGGAUACAUUGUAUUGGAGGUGCUUUUUGUCUGGGUUAAAUUGGAUUAGUGCAUUCACACCUCCACAGAUCUGGCUCCCAGUUAAUUAUUAUUAUUCGACUCUUGCUUUGCAACAAUGCACGCGUUUUAGUAAAAGCCAUUGUCACUAGAACUAACAGCUUAGUAAAGUAACUGGGGCAUAACCAUUUAUUUUGCCUCGUGUGGCCAAUUCUUUGUAUUCUUAAAGGGACAGUGUGACGUCAUCUGGAGUGUUCCAAAAACUCAGUUUUGGGCAUUUUGAGGUGUCUAAACGCCCUAAAAACUAUACUGUGAAAGGGAAUGUGUGCUAUGACUGCUUUCACUAAGAUCUUAUGAUUCAGGCGAGGUUGAUUAGAAAUUUCAGCGUAGCUCAAACUCCUCCUUUAACCCCUCGGUGUCCAGAGAUGCUGAAAUGCAUUGCAGAGCUCUUUACUGUCGAUCUCUUUGGCCUGGAGAGGAUUAAGCAAGCCUAUUCACAUUGAAAGGAAUGUAACUCUGCCGGAGCCCUCAAUACAAGUCUAGACAAGAGGGACCAAAGCCUAUUGUAGAGGAAUGUUUCAAUUCUAGUAUUCUGGAAAUCCUGACUGACUCGACCUCUGGCGUACAGUGGCAUGAUGAGGGUAACUGCGCCUAGUUGAUUAAGGAAGUUGUCCAUGAUCAUUAGAUAAGAGAGAUAAAAGAAAGCAGUGUAGAAACAGAGAAAUAGCUUUGAUUACCUCGUGAUUAUUUAUAGUAGAAUACAAGGAAGUUAUUUUGUACUGCACAAUUAACUCUUCGUAUUCUUUAUCGCUAGUGAGAAUCAGCUCUUGGGGUUUCCUGUUUUUCAUAGUAUUAUUUUAACUUUAUUUUUCUUCAUGUAAUUAUUAUUUAGAAGUUAAUUGGCUUAUCCAUAAUUUUUCUCUCUUUAAAAAUAUACCUCUCGUCGACGUGUACAAGAUGUGCCAGGACAGCAAAUUAAUUCCCUUAAUUUAAAAAAAAAAAAAAAAAAAAAAAAUUGAAAUUCAAAAACCCAAACAAUCCUGCAAUGCAUGGUAUCAGAUGGCUCGGUCACUGCACAUUCUUGCUUUCCUCUGUAGUUUUAAUAAUGAACUCUGCAGGAAGACUCACCCAGGCACGGCUACGGCUAAAUUCCCAUUUGUGUGUACACUGGAUUUUAAAUGUCGGAAUAAUGGAAACUCCAGAAGUGAAUGUGGAUAAUAUAUCGCUAUUGGUAGACCUAACCAUUAACCAUUUCCGCCAAAUUACAAUGAUACAUGGAUCGGAGAAGGAUUUGGAUUUCUGGUUGUGUGGCUUAGGGUCCUCCUGUACAGUCUUUCUAGAUUGUUUUGUUUAUCGUAGGAUAUAUUUAAUAACAAGAUAAAUCUUAAGUUCAUACUAGUGUGAAAAAAAAAAAAAGUAGUCCUUGUCUGUGCCAUUUGUGCCCUGGCCGCUCAUUAUUGGUGGCCCUCUUGCUUUUCUCAAGACUCUUAACUCCUUCAGGACAAUGGAUUCAGCAAUUCCAUUAAAUCAUGGUGGUUCUGGUACGUAUCCGGUCAUAAAUAUUUUAAAUGCUAAGCAGAAACCCUGGGCAUUGAAACUUCUUUAUAUUUAAAAAACAAAAAACUUUUCCUCCAUUACUGGAAGAUGCUUGUAGAACACGCACAUUGGUAUAAACGUUGCCCUGGAACAUACAUUUACCGUACUGUCCUGAACCCUGUAAGAACCCUGAAGAUCUGUACAUGUCUUGUUAUUAUAUGGAACCGAAACAUAAUAAAUUAGAGGUUCUGCUUGAGGACAGUUUUAAACCUUUCAUUGCCUGAGAAGCCUUAUUAUGCAUUUCCCAUUGGCAGUAAAAAAGUUAAACUAAUCAAAAAGAUUGUAUUAGUGACUUAUUUGAAACGUUUUCUGAAAACCUGAACUCAUGAAAUGUUUUGUUUUCAUUUUGUCUACUUUUUUUUUUUUUUUUUUGACAUUUGCAUCAUGGUUUCUAAACCUUUUUCUUGUCAGACAUGAUGUACCUGAGAACACCUGUGAUUUUGGUGGGCGGGAGAGAAAUCUCUUUUUUGACGUCUUGUUUCCUGCUAGGAGGUGGGAAGAAGGGAGGGCUGGGGAGGGUUUAGACGCUGCAGGUGAGGAGGUGAUGUCAGUGAUUGCUACCUCUCCCAGCACAGACAUUUCAUGUAAGGAAGGGAUUCCUGAGUCUAUGGAAAGGAGGACAAGGGAGGUUUAACUGGGGCAAAAUGUUUGACGAAAGAGGCCGUUUUGAUGGGUUUAAUCGUAGGAUUUCACGGCUGUUUGGUAAGUGUUUACUUAGUGACCAAACCUUUUUUUAUAUUUAUUUUUUUCAUUUUUUUGCUACUUUUAGUUUUGAUUCUGCUUUAAGACUUUAAUGCGUUUACAUCUGGUUACUGAAUUUUAGAAUCAGAAUAGAUUUUUUUUUUUUUAUAUGAACGAUUUAUCUUUUUAUUGUUUUUUUUUUUGUUUUAUAGAUUUUAUUUUUUUAUCAUAAAUUGCUUGUUGUUAAAUCUCUUGGUGAGACGUUACCUUAUCUUUUGCUCAUUCAAUGUAUAUUAAGCCACGUGAAGAUGUCUCCGUACUUUAAGUUAGUGACUAUUUUGCUCAUCAUCCUUACAACACAGGGUUCGUGUCCACCUUUUCUGAGAAACAUAAACAUCUGUGUGAUUGAUGCAACUGUUGGCAAAUGUGUUUUAUAAAAGAGCAUGUUAAUCCUUGCUCAGUAGUUUACUAGUGUUGGCAUUGUAAAUGUUUAAUUACACCUAAAUCAGGGGCCUCCUGUUGGUUCAGAAUCAGAUUUCCCACAAGGAUUAUGGGAAAUUUGGCGUGCAGCAUCUGUGACGCAAAGUAACCAUUCACUGUCAUAGAUGCUGGCUGCAUGUCAUGAGACAUGUAAAUGAUAUCAUCCCCCAUGGCAAGACUAACCGUCACAGACUCUAAUUCUACAUAAUAUUUAAAAAGACUGUCCCUUGUUUUGCUCACAUCAGAAUUGCAAGUGAAGACUUGAAAAUGUGGAUAUAAUUUUACUGCAGGCAGAGGGAGGGUUGUACCCCAUCAUCUGACUUGUUUUUGUUUGUUUUGCCAGCAUGGCUUAUGUUUAUGUUGCCAUUGACAGAUACAGGUGCCAUCUACUCAGUAUAGCUAUUAUUUCUUAAUAAAAGGCCUACAUGAAUUUAUUACAAAGGUCCAAAUUGCAGCAAAAUGAAAUCUGAGUUGCGACAAGCGAAUUUAGAGAAUUUUUCCAGGUUAGUUGUUUCAUUUUAAUUUUGCCAUUCUGAUUUUGAUUAACUACAAUUUGGAGUUUAGAUCAUUCUGAACGCUAUACAGCUUAUUACAAAAAUGUCUCGGACAGUGUGGGUAGAAGUGGUUGCAGUUAUCAGCUGCCAUGUUUGCGGACAAUUAUAUUUUUGUCCCAUUUGUACAACUUGACAAGGAGAGCAAGCCAGGAAAGCUUAAAUUAGAUAUUUGCCUAACACUCGAGAUGUCGUAGAUACUGCUAAUGGUUGUGUGGGUUGGCAUGACAGGUUUGGCACAUCAUGGUACUUGCUCUCACAUGCCUGCACUGUGAUCUUUUGCCUGAACACAAAAGAUGUGAUCAUGCCCUGUUUUUUGAGAAACAUCUGGGUUAUCAUUGAGCAAAAUUGGGUUAACCGCUCCCAAAUCACCAUGUUUUUUUUCUUCAAAUUUUUCUAAAGUGGAACUGAGGUUCUUGGGAACCAACCGGCUGGGCAUGUCUGCAAGGGUAACUUAAAGCAAUUAAAUAUUGUGUCUGAUGGAUUGUGUGUUGGGAUUGUUUUAACGCACACAUUUAGUAACAAGGGAUCUCUAGGUGUUGUUUCCGUGGGACUAAGGCCUCUAUUACCAUAAUUAACAUUACAAACCUUCAAUACAGCAAUUGUUGUCACUUAGGAAUGACAUACAGGGGGCUUAGUUUCAUUCAAAUCUAUUACAAGUAAACCUUUUGAGAUCUAUUUUAGAUCUAUUGAACAUAACCUUUUAAGUAAAUGUAAUUAGUGGUUUUCUUUUUCUUUUUUGUUUAGUGAAUAUAUACAAGGUUAAAGAAUUCUUUCUGUAUGUGUGGACUUGGCAAUGUAUGAGUUAAUGAUUUACAGUAUGUUGAACUUUAAACAAGGUAUGUCAGGAAUGUGUAGCCUUGUAUAUAGGUGGUACAGGUAUGCAUUUUAUACAGGAAAUAAACAAAACUAUAUUCUGGAAUUUUAUAAAACUAUUCAGUGAUGACUUAAGGGUUAACUAUGAGGGUUGGUUUGGUUGCUGAAGGCAAAAAAUAGAACAUUCUUGAUCCCUUAUUCACAAAGAAAAGUGAUACAAAAAUGUGUUUUAGGUAUUUUUUAUAGUAUUUACUCUGUGACCAUUUAUACCCAAAAGUCCUUAUUGUAAUUGGCAUGGCUGGGUUUUAAAUAUUCACAUCAGCUUUUUUUGGCAUUCCAUUAACCCCUACAAUCCAGGUUUCUGUUGCAGAAAAUAUUGCUAAUUCCACCCCCUCCGCCUUCUAAUUUGGGCAAAAACUAUUUCGCCUUUACUUAUUAUUGCUGUAGUUCAAUAAGCAAGGGGUGUCUUUUAGACAAUAGCAGUGAUUAUGCGAGUGGCAGCAAAGGUUAAAUGAAAGGGAUCAGUGCGUUGCUGGAUUUACUUUGCAGACGCCCCUAGGCCAAGCAAUAUGACGUCCUCUACCCCACCAAACAGCCCGGGCGAGCUACUAUACACUAUAAGAAUAUUGUUUGCAGAGGGACUCAAAGAAUUUGAGACUAAAAUGCCAAGGGGAUGGGGCAAGUGCCCUUUUAUGACUGUCUCGUAGAAGCCCAUAUUGACUUUUUUUGUAUAUACUUUGUUUCUAAAGGGAAAUAUUAAAUUAGUGCAAUUGGUCUAACAUUGCUUCACUUUGGUUAUCAGAUAUUUUUAAAGGGUGAGAAAGAAUGGAUCAUACUGUCAGCUCCUUUUUCCAUUGCUGAACUUCUCUCUGUCUGCGGCAGUGGGCAGGAAUAAAAUGGACACCAUUAAUCAGACACAUGUUUUGUGCAUAGGUCAGUGAAGCCUGCGUGGGUAAUACACAGAGCAGAUACAGUUUGAAAAUCUCAUACCAUCUAUACCCACUCUAGCUGUUUAAAGUCACAAAUGAGAAAAUAGAAUCUCCAUUUAGUUCCAUUUAGUUGCUUGUUAUAUGUGUAGCGCAUGUCAACGUAUAAUGUGAGUGUAUAUUUAAACAUGUCAAUUUCUAUCUUGUCACUAGAAAUUCAUUAUUAUUUUCUCCGUGGGGAUCCACAGCCCCUACACCAUAAACGUUUUUGGGGGACGGGAUGCUGGAGCACUUCCUCUUCUCUUCCCACUUAUGCCUCUUAUUUCUCUAUUUUUUUCCCACCAUUUUACUUAGUAUCAGAAAUCUGGGGGAACCUGGGGUGGGUGCCCCGGGCUGUGUGGGGAACCAGAGUCUCAUGAGUUUUUUAGUUUGUUAUAUUUUUUAUUUUGUACUAUUUGACAGCUAGAUACCCUACCUCCUUUUUACUGUACCUGUAGCACAGAAUUGAGACAACUUGAGAUAUUUGUGAUGCUUUAUAAUUGUGUUAUACUGUGUUGCAAGAUUCAUGUGUUUGCAAUGCAGGGAACCUGUGUGUCCCACUGUGAUGCCAAUUGUUUUGGGGACCUGCGAGUCCUACCAAUGCCCAACUGAUUGAUUUUUUUUUUUUUGAUUUUUUAUCUUGAAUAUAAAAAAAAGUUACAAAAAAAAUAAUUAUUUUCUCAAUUAUUACAGUCAAAUGGAAAUUCAAUUCUAUAUGAAAAUACUUACCAUUCUACAUAGAUUUGACUUUUCUACUUUUUUUACUGAUGUACGUUGGGGAUUGCAGGGGAAAAACAUUUUUUUUGAAUCCUGUUAAUGAUUCCUGCAAGACUAUAAAGUCAAACUAUAUUAUUUUAAAAUUCUCUAAUAAUGAGAGCACCUUGUUUAAAUGACGGGUUACUUGGGGUCUAAUGCGCUAAGAAAAAGGGGACGUAUGUAUAGAUCAGGCUUCCCCAAACUCCGGCCCUCCAGAUGUUGCUGAACUACAACUGCCAUGAUUCUCAGCCUAUCUAUUUCAUUCAUAGAAUCAUGGGAGUUGUAGUUCAGCAACAUCUGGAGGGCCGGAGUUUGAGGAAGCCUGGUAUAGAUGGUGUGAUAUAUACAACUGGUCCCUGGAAACUUGUUUACUUGUUUGAAAGUGAUGGUGAAGUUGGCCACGGAACAGGAAGUGACACGUUGAUACUUUCAUUUAAAUGGAUGCUUUGAAUCUGGCAAGCUUGGUGUGAAAACCCAAUUACUGCCUUGCCUGCUGAAACUGUCCACCUGCAUUCUGAAAGUGAGGAGCCUGCCAACAGUUAGUCAUUCGACAUCAAAAACAAUGUGAAACUGUUUCAUGACGUAAGCUGGGUGUGUUUUAUUGAGCUAUAUAUAUGGAAACAUAUCACUGAUAUCCAUAGGUCAAUACGGAAAAAGUAUGCCAAAGUGAGCAUAUCUUGUGAAUAAACAUUUUAAAAUUAUUUUUAUUUUUUUAUAUUUUCCACUGGCCCAUAGAUAAGUGGAAUAUUGCAGACGUAAAACAACAAGUUUACACAGACGAGGAACAUCUCAAAGGGGACUCUGUGUUUUUCUGGAAACUACGUAUUAUAAGCACUUUAAUGACCUAAUAAAAUCCAUAAUGACUUAAAUGAUACUGUAUUCCUCAUUUCAUUUUGAUUUCUUUAACGUUUUAAAGACUAGCAACAGAACAAUUAAAUCAGAACAAUCUACCUAUAAAAAUCUUAUCAAAAUUUAAUUUUUCACAAUUUUAGCACCAUCUGAUAUCACAGAGUAACGCAUGGAAAAAUAAAUAAAUAAUACUAAUGGUGCGUAAAAAGAUGACAAUAAUGAAUGUACUUGCUCCUUAUCUGUCCAAACCCAAGGCAGCGAAAAAUUUACUACUGUGAUAAAAAUGCACGCGGUAAAUAUCAUUUUAACAAAAUAGGUUUAAAGAUCAUAUUGCUGUGUAUUUAAUGUGGUCUGUCCGCUUGCUAAAAUAUUAUUUUAAUGUCAGGUGGCAAUGUCUGCAUUUAGGGCAUUGGUGGCAAACGUGCCAAAUAUUAUCUGGGCUAUUCACUAAAAGGAGAAUUCAAAGUGAUUUUCAAAUUCUAAGGCUAAAGUAGUCCAACUGGAAGCAAAGCUGAAUUAACUAAUUUACAUGAAUAUGAAAUGCACUUGGAAUUCAUUGCUAUAGUAUAUAGUCACACUAGUGCCGCUAUACAUCACUAAUUUAGAGCAAUGUCAUAUACUGCUUGUCUGGCCUGUUGGGUGUUUUUCUGUGAAGUUUGGUUAAAGGGUCACUCCAGAUGCCUAAACCACUUUAGCUUGCUGAAAAGAGUUGUGUGUGAAGAGUGUGUCUUAUUUUUUCAUUUUGCAAAAAAUGCAGAUUUCAAUAGAAAUCUACACUUUUAUAAAUUAAUCUGGUUAGACCCCCUUGGCUUUCAAGCAGACAACAGGUCCUGUUACUUCCUGGUUUUGUUGGCUCAGUGCAGCUGACCUCAAGAAACAGCAAUUGCCCAGAGCACAUUGUAAUCACUUGUCAUCCAUCCUAUAUAUUCAUCCAUUUAAAAAAGAAACAACUCUUUAUGUACUGAACUCCAAAUUGGCACUAUUUCCCUAAAUUUUCAAAUCUGAGAUUAAUUUCAUUGCAAUUCUGAGUUUAUAGUGUGUAAUGACCAUAAACAACUAGCACCACCUUGGGCAUAUCCGUUCCAACACUUUAUACAUUAAGAUCAUAUCUAGGGUCAGAGUAUCCCUUUCAAUGUGUUACAUUUCUCUCCCUUUCAUUUAAGUAAUUUAAAAUGUAUAUACUGCAUGAUUUUGUAAGAAGCGAUUUACAAUUGUCAUCAGGACUUAGUCACUUCCUGGCAGGAAGAAAAACCUUCUCAUCACACUGUAACAGAUAACAAGUCAGGAUGCCCUGAGUACAUUCUGCAACACAAGAUUUCAUUAGAAUGUUAGAGUUUAGAAAGCAUGUUUAAUUAACAUGUGUGAUCUGUUCCUUUUAACCAUAAAAGGGCGGAAUAAUGGGAAAACCUGUAUUCUCAGCAAUUUAGCUAGUUAAGAUGUUCUUUUCAAUUUUUAACUCUGGAGUUAAGUAAUGUUGCUCAUACGUUUAGCAAGAUUUAGCAUGUAACAAUAUCCAAGAGAAUGGGUGAAACCAGAAGAGAACAGUCUAUUCCCAAUUCAUGGAUUGCUAUGUUUUAGAUUUUGUUCCCAAGUCUAAAGACACAACCACAUUUUUUAUCUUUACAGACAAGUCAAUGGUAUGCGAGAUUAGCCUCUGAAUUUAGAUGUAAUUUGUAGUCAGAAAUAUUUUCAAACCAACACAUUUUAUUUCAGUGCAAUUUAGGAAAAAAACUGAAUAAUUUUGGACCUUACAGGCCUCCAGAAUGUCGUCCAGCUUUUAAAAAACAUUUUUUAUUAUUAUUAUUUUUUCCUGGAUUUAAUUUUCAUGCUUGCUUAACUACGUUUUAGAUAAAGAGGUGUGCUAUAGCGCUAGGGUUUGGCUUGUCUAUAAAAGUUUUAUAAGUCAUUUUAUGCAUGCGCCAAUAGAUUAAUAAAUUGUGAGUUUGUUACUGUCUCCUUUUUAUAAUGCGUUUAAUGACUUUUCGCAGUCAUUUAGUCAGGUAAUUUAUAAUUAAUGAAGGCGUUAAAGAGACGGUGUUUGCAAACAGGUUUAUAGAGUACAAAAACAAAUAAAAUCAACGGAUUAUUUUGGCAAAAAUUUUAAAUAAAUUGAGACUGAAUUUAGACUUCUUUUCCUAACACCCUUAUUUAUUUCUAAAACCGUACUCUAUUUAUUUAGACUGCAAUUUUUCUGCAUGUUUAACCCAGUUAUAACUGAACCCAUACUUUUUUGGGGGGUUAGCAAAACGGGUGUAGAAAAUACUAGUGUGAAAAAGCACACAGUCUAAACACUGGCCAGAGUUUUUUAAAGUAAAAAAAAAAAUACACUCUUGGUACUGCUGGUGCUUUUUUAAACUACAUUUCCCAGAAUGCUAAUUCAGUUGACAGCUAAUUACAAUGAUGUGAUGUACAAUUCAUGUGUGCUACAUAUGUGAGCCUAAGAAUUUGACUAAGAAUGUAAGGGAGACGUAUUUCAGUGAUAUUCACGGUGCCCAGGUUAGCCAUUGCCAACACAGCUCGGUUUUAUAUUAGAAUAUUGAAUUGGUAUGUUACCAGUGGCCUUAAUGCCUUUGAAGCCAGGAUGAAAUGGGUUAAUGUAAGUGAUUGUAUCUGCCACAUGAUGCGUAAAAGAAAAAUCUGUACACAAAGUUUCCACUGGACUGUUCAAUUCUGUCUGAUAUGCAUUUGCAUGACUCUUUCCACUCUUUCCUCUUUUUUUUCUUUUUUUUGUAGCUAUUUGUAAAAUAUAUUCUAUUUUCUUGUAGAAUCUCCAAGACUGUCUGUCGCUUCUUCCAGCAGCAAUGAAAAAUUAUCCAGCUCUGCGUCACUCUGCACAGAGUUUUAUGACUCCGACCGGCCCGUGAGUGUCAUCUCGACAGCGUCAUCUGGUUCCUACCGCGAAGGCUGUGACAUAUAUGAGACCAUAGGUGUCAGAUCGCAGAAGGACGAACAAGUGGGAAACGGAUUAACAAGUCAGAAUAUGGAGCUGGUGUCAUCUGCUGCAGGCAGCCUGCAAGCCACGUAUCGGGAAAUGCAAAGCGGACUAAAAGGUGGCCACACUCCAAACCAUAACAAUGUCAAUAGACGUGGCCGUCUGGGAUCUAGGUCCCUCUCACCUUUUGGAACCAAGGUCAAUGUGAUCACUCACAAACUGAGCUAUGUGGAACGAGUAGUGCAGGAGAUCAUAGAUACAGAGAGGAUGUAUGUCCAAGACCUGCGAAGCAUUGUAGAGGUUAGUGUCUUUUUGCUACACCUUUUAAUUUUUGUUAGAGUGCAAACUGUUUUAUAUUUUCACUAACACAAUUUGUGACUGUAACCAGAUUACUUAGUGGUGUAUGAAAGUAUGAGGACCACUCUGCAACGCCCUUUUUGAGAAAUUCCUCUACAUUUUGAAUCAAGCUUGCUUCUGUGGCAUGUUGGACUUUAUUCUUGCACUCUUACUUCUUAGGUGAUAUCUGAUGCUUUCAAAGGCACAUAUCUCUGCUAUCGCUCCCUCUCGGUCCAAAACAUGCACUCACAUCUUGGCACGCUAUGCCUCUUUGUUGGUACUCCUAGUGCUGGACCAUAAGAAAACCGGGACAGAGAAAGCUAGCUCCCCUGUGGUAUUCUGUAAAAAGAGCCCAGGGUCCACCCAGAGGCGUAACUAGAAUCCACCGGGCACCGGUGUGAAAAUUUCCCUGAGGCCCCUCCUCCUUGAUGUCUUGUUCCUGCGCUCAGGCCCCCCCAUUUGCCUCAUUCCCUCGUCCCCAAAGCCUCUCCAUGUGUCUCAUUCCCUCUCCCCUUAGCCCCUCUGUUUCCCAUACUCUCCUCCCUCCCAGGCCCCUCCAUGUGUCCUAUUUCUACCUCUCCCCCUCCCUGUGUCCCAUUUCUCCCUUUGCACCGGCCCAUAAGUUAUUUGGGCGGCCCGUAAGUUAUUCGGGCGGCCCAUGGUCACGGCUGCAGCCGGUCCCCCUGGAGUGACUCCAGGGGGCCCGGUCACAGCUGUGACUGUGGUAGGUACGCCACUGGGUCCACCUAAGUCAAACUGUGAAAAGCCACAGGAAGUGCCUCUAGUGGCUGUCUGGUAGAUAGCCACUAGAGGCUGUCCUAAUCCUGCAAUCUAUACAUUGCCGUUUCUCUGAAACGAUAAUGUUUUACAUUGCAUGGCUAAGGGGGACAGACACUGCACAGAGAUUACUUAGUAUCCCUUUAACGGGCUAUGGUGCUGUUUGAAUAUUUGGGUACAGUGUUCUGUCUGCAAAAACGGUGACAUCAUUUAUGUUCAAAUAACGAGUGGCAUUUUGCAAAGCUGCAUUAUUUCUUACUUUAGAGCAUAUUGUAUUUUGGUGGAAUAUCCUGAAAAAAUAAACUACAAAUAUCAGAAAUAAACUUAAAAUGUCAAACUGAAUGAAAAGUGAGGCAUUCUAUAAAAUUUAUAAAAAGAAAGAGGGGAUUAAGGCGUUCGGCUUCCAUGGCAAAGAGGGCCAGAAACAGACGAACUAUGUCAAUAAAAUGUUAUUUUUAUAAUGGGUAAGGUAGAAAGCAGUGUGCAAAUACCGGGCGCUCUGAAACUAUAUCGUAGUAAUGUGCUGCAUUACAUUCUGUGUAGCACUUGUAUGGUAAAAUAUUAGGCUAGUUACCCUCUGCGAGAUCUGGCACAAAGGCUGAAAUGCUGCUCAUAUAAACACUGCCUAAUUGGGGAAUUUUGCACAUUUUUCUAUGUAUUACAAUGGAUUUUUACUUGUCUGGGUCACACAGGGUUAAUACUGAGUGAUCAGAAAUUUAGUAUUGAAAAAACUCUUUGGUCAGAGGCCCAUAUUAGACAUGGUCAAUGCUUUAUACACAAAACCUGCCUGAAGGGGUAAAGCACACUUGCGAGUCUGUAUUUGCACUUUUCCUAAUAAUGCUCCAAUUGAUGUGUGUCUCUGUGUGUAAUGUAGACUUGUUGUUGCCAUGGUAACUGGUGGUCUUGAGCAUUUUUUGAUAUUGUGUUUUUUUUGUCCCUACAACAAAUUCAAAGCAGCUAUGAGAUAAAAAAAAAAAAAAAAAAAAGUUGAAUGUUCUGUCUUUAACAGCGUUGCAAAUUAAGCGGCAAAGGCCCCAAUAAAAACUCCAAGCUUGCAGAGUAAUGGGUCAUUAAAUCUAUAUAAUAGUUGCUAUAAAACCAUAUUCGUUGGAUGAUUGUCACACCUGACAGACUGUUUUUAUUUUUUUAGGAUUAUCUGGGAGGCAUUAUCGACAAACAGGAGCUUCCAAUGAAGCCCGAGCAAGUCUCCGCUCUGUUUGGAAAUAUUGAAGAUAUCUAUCAGUUGAACAGGUAAAUUUAAUAUAUAUUCUUUAUCUAUUUUAUUAUAUUCACUUUCAUGAGCCUGAUGGAGCUGGGAUUGUCUUUCAACUAAAUAAACGUCAACUAUUAUCAGGAUGGUAUAUGAGCACAAUCUUGUUUGAGACCUAGUGGGGGCUAACAGAAGGGCAAGCGAUGAUCUAAGCCCUGCAGAGCCAGAUUAGCUCAGACAGAGCGCGUCCGGCUCCAGGAGAGGUGGGGAGCAGCGACCAGCGUACCCCACAUUAAAAGGUACACUGUUACCAAAUGGUUUACUUACUUACAUUGGUGGGGGCAUUAGAGAACUCCUGGCACCAUAGCCACUACAGCGCAUUGUUUGCUGCAAUUGAACAACAUUCACAUGCGCCAGGAAGUGACUGCCAUUCUGGGCAUACCAACGCUUAGAUAUGAGAACACAAAGAACAAAACAGAUCAUAUCUAAACAUUGGUAUGCCCAGAAUGGCAGUCACUUCCUGACGCAUGUGAAUGUUGUUCAGUUGCAGCAAACAAUGCGCUGUAGUGGCUAUGGUGCCAGGAGUUCUCCAAUGCCCCCACCAAUGUAAGUAAGCAAACCAUUUGGUAACAGUGUACCUUUCUAAUAUGGGGUACGCUGCUCGCUGCUCCCCACCUCUCCUGGAGCCGGACACUCUCUAUCUGAGCUAAUCUGGCUCUGCAGGGCUUAGAUCAUUGGCUGGGAGUAAUCAAUUGACACUUUCAGUCAACAUACAAUCCUUUGGCUGCAGGAAAUUGCACAGGAAAGCUAAAGGAAGCUACCGAGCAGGAAUGUCUGGCUCUUGUACCAGGAGAGAAGCUGGGAGUGGUAGAUCACAGGUAAGAAGCCAAAGAUUAUCAAAUAACUUGGCUACUUACAUAGGGGGUACUAGGGCACCCUUGGCUCCAUAACCACUGCACUGCGUUCCUUUAAUAGGCAGGUCAUUCCGUAUUAUAUAAAUAUUGUUGUUUUGUAAGAGGUUAAAAAGAUUGCAUAAAAUAAACAAAGUUGCUGUUCCAUUUUAUUUUUCUAAAUUCCUUUCAUAUCCUGAAUAAUAUCCAAUAACCUGAAUACCGGGCUUCACCAUGAUAACAAGAGCAAUUAAUAUUGUAUGAUCGUUGAAGCAAUGCCAAUAGUUCACAAGUUAUUAAAGCAGAGACUAAUAAAGGACUAGCUAAUUGUAAUUCUAUUGAUCACUGAAGCGAUACCAAUGUUUCACGUGAUUGAUUAAAGCAGGGACUAAUAUAGGACCAGACGUUUAUUUAUUUUUUCAGCUUUCUUAAAAAGAAUCUAGAAUAAAUGGAUUCCUUAUUUUUUCCUAACCUUUAAUAAUAAGUCUAGAGUCGACUCAAACAAGAGCUUUGUUAUCAAGAGUAAGCAAUAAUAGGCGCUCUGUGUUAAAUCCCAGAGGAUUUAAUCUUGUCUCACUUAUUACUGCUGCAGAAUCACAAAAUAAGACAUGGGCCUUGUAUAAUCUUCUAAUUCUUUAACACACUGGGUCAUGAUGGACACGGAACAUUAGAAACAACAUCCAAAGCAAAACAGAGUGGUGUAAACAAUCUAAUUGCACAAAAUGAUUAAUAGGAGCAAUGAAUAUUGAUGAGUCUAUUUUGUCUAAUGGUGCUUUCAAAUUUGAAUAGAAAUUGGAUGUAAAAACUAAACCGGUUCAUGUGGAGCAAGUCUUUUAUAGGUUUAUUUAAAUGUUCUCUGCACAGUGUGUGCAAACAAGGCUUGCCCUUAGCUUUGUUCGUACUUGGUUUCCAGCUGUGCGGAAUUUCUGAUUUCUAUCCACUACUGUCCCUUGUACUGGCAAUGUCUUUUGCAAAGCCAUUUAUUCCCCACUUAGAAUGCGUUGCCCACGUAUUAAGUUUUGCUUUGGAAUGAGAUGUAUGUUGAACAUGUGGUCUCUGCGGAGGAACGUAUAAUCUACUUGUUUGAGUUGUAGGGGAAAAGCUGAUCUAAAACACUUUAUAUAGUGCGCUUUGCACAAAAUGUGUGUGUAAUAGCUGGUAUUUAAGUAUCUAAAAUAGGCAUUUAUUUAUUUUUUUGUUAUUCUCUAAAACUGAUUACAGUGAAGAAGUGACAAAGUAAUUGCAAAUUUUAGGCUAAGACUUAUAGAUGGAAGAAAAACCCAGCUUAUUGGAAUAUGUUUUUUUUUUUUUUUUAAAUAAUAAUAAUAACAAUUUUCCUCCCCGUCUGGCUAAGAAUUUCAAUCUCCUUUACAAUCCCUCAAUUUUUUGAUUAGUGUAUGAACCAAAUUUGUAUUUAAAAUAAAGCAAAAACAAUGUAAUUAUUUUUACUUUAACUUUAAGUUUUUGUGCUCCCUGUUUGUUUCGUUUUGUUGCGGUUUUGUUAGCACUUGAUCGUUUGAAUAAUCGAUUUAUGUUACUGAACAUCUUAUAUUUUUACAUUAGUAACCUAGACUAGGUUCUGUAAACCUGCCUCACCUUAGGUUUCUGCCGCCCUUCCCAUAGUUUAGGAUGACUAAGCUACACUCAAGAUGAAACAGUGCAUGAGAUUCUGUUCCCAAAAAGGGGAGGAAUCACCAAUGAAAUAUCCCUGCUGGAUCCAUUGGUUUCCAUGGUGAUUGCCACACGUUUAGUAGUUUAGACCACAUUUUAGUGAAGAGAUCCAUUUUAUAAAUUGUUCCCAAAGAAUUAAGGUGCAGAUUACAUGAUAAUAGUUUAAUUAGCCUGGUUGCAAUUUGAUUUGAAAAUCUACCUCCAAAAAAAAUUUUAGACCAUUAAUUUCUAUUAACAAAAACUUAUGGUACAUUUUAAACAUUUCUUAACUAUAAUUUUUCUCCAUUUUGUGUUCCACAAAGUCCACAUUAGUGAACUGUUAGCAAGGUAUGUUAUCGAGGGUGGUGGUCAGUGAGUCCAUGAAAUGAAUAAUCUGUACAUUUUGUGCAUGUGUGGUUUUUGUAGAAUUCCGUUUUUUCAUUUUAUGUUGAAUUUUCUUCCAUUUGACCUAAGUUUUCUGCAUGGAUAUUUAAAAUUGCUUCUCAUUUUUGAAAAUCUGCUUUAGAACUCUUUUGUAGUCCGCUCAUUGCAAUAAUAGUACUACUUAAUCCAAUACUACGGCAAAACUAUGAUCACUAGUAAACAAUGGAAAUGUACCACGUGUUAUUUUAUAAAAACAAUCACCAUAUCCCUAAAUGCAGAUUAACUUUCUUUUGAUAUCAGCCAUUGUAUUGCUUAUUUUAUUUCAGCCGUGUGACUUUAUUUCCUUUUUGUUAGGGUUAUAAAGUAGAGUGAUCUCCAUUAAAUGCAUGUUUGCAUGUGUGUUUUGUCUUUCUUGUUUGAUAUAUAGAAAGUUUAAGUCCGUUAUCAUAAGAAAAAGCUUUGCAAUAACACUCCAAACACCAUAACCACUACACAGUAGUGGUUAUGGUUCCGCGAGUGCCCUGGAUUUUGUGGGGUAGUUUUAAUGCGCACCACUUUUUGUACCGAUAUAAACAUUCACUUACUGUUGGAUAUGUUGAACCAAUGAAGGGACCAGUGUGAAGGUUCUUAUUCCACUGGGGCAUUUGGAGCACAAUUUGGAAAACCGUAACUUAAAGGAUCCAUGAAACCAAGAUGCCCUGUUUAUACUUGUAACCUAUCGAAUUCUAUAAUGGUAUUCCAAACCAAGAAUGAAUGAGGAUGUUUAGUAGUCACAUAUUUUAUGGAUAUCUAAUAUCAAGGGUGUAUAACAAGCAAGCUUUUUUGAAUUCUAAAAACCGUUACCAGAAUUAUGUUUUGUUUUAAGCUUACCCCAGAGAGUUUACAUUUUGUUAGGUUUAGGCUUCUCCUAUGAUUACGAUUUAGAAAAAAACAUAGUGGCGAGUGUAUAAGUUUGAAGGUGGUGGGGAGCAAGAAUUUGUGUGCCCACUUUAUUACAAGUAAUCGACUCUGACUCCUUGAGAUGUCAUGCCCUACAUACCCAUUGUACAGCACUAUGGAAUCUGUUGGCGCUAUAUAAAUAAAAUAAUAAUAUAUAUAUAUAUUGUAAAAUGGCAACUCUUUGAAGAGAACUGACUCCAUCUAUUGAUUACCUGGACCACCACCAUCAGACUGCUAGGGUGCCCAGGAUCUGACAGCCCAAUGCAAAACCAAUGGGUGAUGUCAGAAUUCUUGUUAGAGCAAACUAAGCAUAUCUGAGGUGUCUACAUCCAGAAAACAGGGCUUUAUUCCCAAAAUGUUUUUCAAAUGUUGACAUGAGUUGCUUAGCUUCUCAGCAAUAGCUCAAUCUAUAAAAUUAAAUUUAAAGUUAGGGGAUUUUAGAACAAGACAAACACAACUUCUCUUUUCUAACACAUUCUUAUAAUUCACCCUUUCGACACCAAUAGAUUUGAUUGUGUUUUUCGAUUGCAAACAUGUACCCACUAAACAUGUAUUUGUGUUAACGCAAUCUGUUAUAUAAUAAUGACCCUAUGGCUUUUAAUGUUCAUUUUAAACAUAUUGUUUCUUUUCUGCAAAGUGUUCGGUCUUCAUCGUUCUUUACUGUGACAUUGCAAGCUUUGCAUGUUUUGUUGUUUUAUGGCAUGUAAAAUCUCCAUGAUGCCAUCUCUAAAUAUAAGCAUGUACUGUUUCCAUUUGCAGUGAACUUCUCCAGGAACUUGAGAGCUGCAGGGAUGACCCGGUGGCUGUGGCCUGUUGCUUUGUUGAAAAGGUCUGUGAAGACAAAUAUGUAUACACCUGUUUACCUAAGGAUUUUAAUAGAACACUGUAUGAACAGCAGUAAAUGACAUGACUUACAAUGACUAAAUUCAAAAAUACUAACCUUGCACUUAACUGUUUAGAAAUGUUUGUGGUCUGAUAUCGAGCUAUUGGCCAAUAAUUGACCCAUACUUCAACUUCCUAAGAAUUUAAACACAGGAGACAACAAUUUUAAUCUUUAAAAAUAGCCACACUCUCCGCUUCAAUCGGUUGGUGAUACACAUAGUGCUGACAGUAGUGAUAACUGUGGGAAGGCUCCAAUAUGUCAGGGUUAUUCACUAACUUGUGGAUUGCCGGUAAUUUUAAAAUUAAUUUGACUUUUUCAGCCAAAAUAGCUAGAUUCGGAACAAAACCUAAAUUUUGAGUUAAAAUAAAUACUGAGUUUUAAGAUGUGAAAUUCAGUCUAAAAUCCUCUGUUGGCACUUUAGUAAAUAACUUUGUUUUUUUUUGUUUUUUUACCCAUAAAUAAUUCUUACCACCUACUGAACAAAUGUCUGGCUUUUAAGGGUUAGUUACUGCUAAAUGUACUGUAUCUCUGUUAGGAGAAAAUUAUAUUAAAGGGACACAGUCAUGCCAAACUUACCUUUCUCCUAUUGUUUCCUCUUCUCUUCCUCUCUCAGAAUCUGUUCAUCUUUUCCUUAUUUCUAAUCUAGUUUUCUUUAAAAAAAAAAAAAUAUAUAUAGUUGGGGCUACUUUUGUCAAAUGUGUUUUUCUUACGAUUGACUUUCUUUGACCAAAGGAGGAGCUUUCUGUGUCAAAGAAAGUACUCACCCUCCUCCCUGACACAGGAAAUGGAGCGGAUGUACGCUCCUCCUUAUGUCAGAGAAAGUCAAGCGUAGGAAAAAUACAUAAGACAAAGUAGUCCCUUCUUUGUCUUAUGGUAAGAAAACCUAGAUCAGAAGAAGAGAUUCUGAGAGAAGAAGAGAAGCGGAAACCGUAAGAGGAAGGUGCGUUUGGCAUUACAGUGCCGCUUUAACCGGAUAUUGUUUACUAUAAUGUGCACUUAAGUACUGUAAACAGAUUUCAUGAACUAAAAAAACUACUUUGGUGAAAGUCACUAAGUUCCCACCAGGAUACAGAGCCCAGGUAUCUGCUACAAGGUAUCAACAAGAGAAUGCAAAUGUGGGUGUUCCCUGUUGGGUAUCUGUAUAAUGUAGGUCAUAGUGUUAGUGGCCUAUUUCUGUUUGGAACAUUUACACAAAAACCGUACAUCAAUAUAAAGGAAAUAAAUGCGUACACUGUGCAUUGCCAGAGCCCCUUAAAUCUGUGGUUUUUACACUUGCCUUCAGUCUAAUAUAUGCCCAGGUACCCUCUAACUUGUGUUUUGUUUUUGUCUAUAGAGUGAGGACUUUGAUAUUUACACACAGUACUGUACAAACUAUCCCAAGUAAGUAAAUAACUACAUUUUACACUUUAUUAAACAAUGGAUGCCAUAAGUUUCUAUAAAGCAGGGAUCUCAGACUCUGAAUUCCCCCCCCCCCCCAGUUGUUGGUCUUAAAUUCAUAGAAAGCUUUGAAAACAAUGGAAUUCUGGGGCUUGUAAUUCAUCAACAUAGAAUUGUGGGAGGUUUUUUUUUUAGUUCAGCAAGCUUUGUGGCCCUGAAUUUGAGAUGCAUGGCAUAAAGGGGGCAUGUUUAUUGGCUUACCCUGUGUAAAUAUUCUAUAUUUUAUUUUAUGCAUUAAAUGAAAGCUUUGUGCCGAGCACCAUAGAAAAUGUGGACAGAAUUGGUGGAAGACAGGUUUACAUAGUGACCUCGAAUUAAUAAGCUUUUCUUAUGAUUCAAUAUUUUAAAAAAAACUUUCCAACUGAUUUAUCUACAAAAAAAAUUGCACUUUAUUGGUGACAUCUGUAGAUGUCAUUUUGAAGGUUUUUACAAUAUUGAGUCAUUUGGAAAGCUUACUAAAUCGAGAAUUUUUCACUAGCUAAGGUGUUCCUCUUGUACGACUGAUUAAUCAGUCUGUGACAUAGUCUGACGGAUCCACUUUUCCUGUAUCCCUGAAACCCUGCUGACAGUCUGUAAAAUGUUCUGAAGUACAUUGAGGCCUCUAGGGCAGAUCCAGCUAUCUUGCAAAAGUCCAGGUGGACUGUUACUCCUUUGAAGCAGAGUCAUCCACUGACCCCUGUUAAGAAAUGUAAUCAUUUAAAAUAGGUGGCUGUAUAGUUUGAGGCAGUUGGCUACCCGGGUGUAGUGGUCCAAGUUCAUUUUUACGUGCCAUCUAGUUCUUAAUUUCUGCAGCUCAUGAUGGGCGUUGAACAGGAAAAGGAGGGUGUGGGAGAUAGGGAGGGAUGGGGCUUGUUUAAACAAGUCUGUGAGUAAACGCAGGAAAUCAGUAUGAUGAGACCUAGCAUUGUGACAAUAUAUGUUUAUUUAAAAUUAGAAAUACUUGAUAAGAUCUUUGCAAGUAGGCCAUAUACAUUUCAUUUUACAAUUAUGGAGAUGCGUGCAAAAUACUUUAGUAAAAUGUUCUUAAAGUUAUUCUGGCUCAUGGAAAACGUUUAAUUAAAAAAUCUGCAGAAAAUGACCUUCGAGUUAUGUUAAAAUGAUUCCAAAAUAUUUAGAGGUUAAUACAGUGUAAAAAUGGAUUAUUAAAAUUGGAAAUCAUUUUAAAAAAAUAGACUUAAGAUACAUAUAGUUUAUGGAUUUAAAGUAAAAUAUAUUUUAAGAAACUAAAAAUAAAUAUGGAUAUAAUAUAUAUAUAUAUAUAUAUAUAUAUAUAUAUAUAUAUAUAUAUAUAUAUAUAUAUAUAUAAUUUUUUUUUUUUUUUUUCCUUUCUAAACCUUAAUAUCUCUGUAGGAUACAUGUAAACUAAGCUUUGCACCUUUUAAAAUAUCCUCUUUACUCAAACUUUUCAUUCCAGUUCCGUGGCCACCCUGACAGAGUGCAUGAGGAACAAAGUCUUGGCCAAAUUUUUCCGUGAGAAGCAGGAAAUGCUUAACCAGUCUCUUCCGUUGGGAUCCUACCUCUUGAAGCCAGUACAGAGAAUACUAAAAUAUCACCUUUUGCUUCAGGUACCUUGGGGAGGGCGAUAUGGGUUGACAGACUGGGAACGUAAGUGAGAAGGAGCAAGCCAAUAGUGGGAAAAUGGAAUUGGUCAUCCAUGUAUGACUUCUUAGAUGAAUAAGGGAGGGAAGGAGUUACAUGGAAUUAAGAUUUCUUUUUGUUAUGCGCAUCCUUCAUUUAGUUAUAAUGUCAAUAGUCAGGGUUUGUCUUGGACGGAAUUGUGCAUGAACUUGGUGCAGUGGGUACGUGUAAUCCACACAUUCCACGGGAGAUACCUGCUCUCCUAAUUAGCUGUGUUCCUUCCAAUCUCCAGGAAAUAUCCAAGCAUUAUGAUGCAAACGCUGAAGGGAACGAAGCAAUACAAGAGGCGAUUGAAACAAUGACCGGAGUUGCUUGGUACAUCAAUGACAUGAAGAGAAAGCAUGAACAUGCUGUGAGGCUGCAGGUGGGGUGUAAAGCUGAGGCCAUGACCAACAAAUGGCCCCUAAAGCCAUGUAGAAGUUAACAUUUCAAAAGUUUUUUUCUUUUUAUCCUUUGUUUCCAAAUGCAUUCCGCAUCUCCUGCUGAUGUCAUUUGUUCUGUUUCCUGUCCGUAUCGGGGUGAUUAAGGUGUUAGACCAAGGUUUAUUCCGAUCUAGUGCACAAUAUUUGAUUAUCGUUAAAUGCACAUCAUGUUUGUUUUGUUCUCCUUGUCUCAAUUGAAGACAAGGAGCAGCAUUAUAAUGCGUACAUUGAGGUGCAAGCAGCAAGUCCUCUUCUUAUUCUAGUAGCUUCUAAAAUUUGCCAAAAGUUGAGAUAGCAGAGCAUUUAGACAGUAUGUUAAGAUUACUUGUAUAGAAGGCAUUAUCUCAAAUUUAGGAAAAUAAACAUUCUGCAGAGCUUUUAAUAAGCAUGGGUUUUUAUGCUUUUUCUUAAAUUAUUUUUUUUUUAUAGGAGAUACAGUCUUUGUUACUUAAUUGGAAAGGCCUGGACCUGACAACUUAUGGAGAAUUGGUUCUCGAAGGAACAUUCAGGGUUCAGCGUGCCCGUAGCGAAAGAACAUUCUUUCUCUUUGACAAGGCACUAUUUAUCACCAAAAAACGUGGAGAUCACUUUGUCUACAAAACCUUUAUUCCGGUAAGUGGUCUCUGUAUGCAGGUAAAAGCUUACUUGUUCUAUUUCAGUAGGACAAUGUGACUUAAACCUCCUUCUCACCCCAUUUCUUAUGGUUAGAAGUUAGGAACUGAUCUGUGCCAAUGGUGGUGAAAAAGGACAUUUGUGUGUAUUGUCUUUAUUUUGUGCCCCCUUUAUCUAGCUAAAAUAAUCAGUAACAGAUGUUAAUCCCAUACAUAAUGUAUUCUUAACAGUGUGAUUUAUCAUUUCAGUGUUCAAGCCUGAUGCUGAUUGAGAGUACCAGAGAUUCGUUAUGCUUCAGUGUUACCCAUUACAAGAAUAGUAAACAACAGCAUAAUGUCCAGGUAAGAUUUGGCCAGUUCGACCUCUAGUGGCUCUAAAGGAGAAAUAGGGCUACUAACCUUUAGAAGCAGGAAUGUACUUUUCAGUUACUGUAAUGGACAGCCGAUAUUAACCGUUCUUAACUUCAACCAAAGGUAAAUCUUUGAGCUUGAGUUAGUUUCUAGAGAAAUGAGCGCCAACCUUGAGAGCCACAUUUUGUGGGCUACAUUUCUCAUUUGAAGUUGAACCAACAAAGUAAUUUGUGUUCUAGGUUCUCUUCAUGAUGGUCCACUUGACCCUUGUUUCUCACAACCAGUAAAAGCCAUUGUUUGCUUCAGUAAUCACAGAAAAGCAAGGCAAAUGGUUACUAAAGGACCAAUGUUAUGAACUCUCUUGUAGGAAAUGUUUAAGCAGCAUAUAGGGAUUUUAUCGAUGUCUUCUUUUUAUUUACAGGCCAAGACAGUCGAAGAAAAACGUCUCUGGACCCAUCACAUCAAGAAGCUUAUUUUAGAGAAUCACCAUGCUGCUAUUCCACAAAAGGUAAUAUAAAGUCUGAGAUAUUUGGGUUGGAUAAGCAUUCAUGCUACUUUCAGUGUUCUAUAUAAUGUGAUCUCCCAUCCAAAUAGUUGUUUUUUCUAGUCUUCUUCAGGAUACCAGAUACUCAGCCCUUUUUAUAAAAGGAUCAUGUCCUGUUCUUUAAAAAAGCAUAAAACAUUCUGGGGCAAAAUUCUAAAAGCAAAGAAAGCAGAAUGUUCUUACUGAUUUACUUUACAUUUAGAACCUUGUGUUAGACUUUCCUUUUCUAACUGAUCUAAUUUUUCUAUGCUGCAUUUGAAGACAUUAAAGGGAUUUUAUAGUGCCAGGAAAACAAAGCAGUUUUCCUGGCACUAUAGGUUCCUACCGUGCCCACCUCCCGUUAAAACCCCUUCAGUCACUUCCCUGAAUCCAGUGCCGAUGUCCCUCCGCACUGACUCAUGCUCCGCUCACGCGAAAUGCACAGAAAUAGCCGUGCUCGCGUUAGGAUUUCUACAUAGGAAAGCAUUGAAGGGACGUGGGACAAUGCACCGAGACCGCUUCAAUGCGCUGAAGUGGUCUGGGUGCCUACAGGGACCCUUUAAAUAGAAGGGCGUUCAUGUUUUCAUUUGUUUUAACGUGUAUAAUUCACGCAAAUUGUAGCAUAAGCUUUAUGAAAUGCAUUCAAAGGUAGAUUUCAUAAUCAAAAUAAUAAAAAUUUAUCAUAAAUAUCUUCCUAAUCUAAAUAUAUUAUGUUAUGAAUAUUCUAAAUAAAACAUCUUUUAUUUCAGGCCAAAGAAGCAAUUCUAGAGAUGGAUGCCAUGUGUAAGUCUUUUAAAACUCUCUUACGCUUCUUCUUAUGCUUCUUGCGGUUUGUGGAUCAUGGAAUAAGAUGUAUAAUUCUAAACAGAACAAAGUUACUAGAUGAUUUGUGUUCUAGAGAUCUUACACACGGCUACAGUGAUGUAUAUGUACCAAUGCUGUUAGUCAAUAAAUUAAACUGACAGCUUGUAACACUAGCAUUAACAUUAUACUGGACUAAUAAAUGGUUUAUUGUAAGCAGUUUGUCACGCCUCUCAUUAGUAAGUCUAGAGGCAUUCUGUGGAUUCAUCCACAUAUAGCUUAGUAAUCAUAGCAUAGUAGACAGGUGUAUUUUUAUUUUUUUUAAUUUUGUUUGGUCCUUCAAUUUCCUCCCUGGGUUAUAAUAUUGAACUUCUACUAUUCUAUGUAUGCAUCCUAUUUUAUUGCUUGUAUUGUGUGAAAUACCAAGCAUAUAGAUAACCCUGCCUCCCAAUACUGGAAAGAGUCGAGUUGUAAUAAGCAUUUAAACAGUUAGAGGCUAUAUUAAUCCGAGCUUGUUACUCUGUAGAUCCCGGACAGUACAGGUACAGCCCUGAAAGACUGAAGAAGACAAUAUCUACAGUAGACCCUCCUGUCACUCAUCGUUCAGGGAGGAGACAGUCUGGUAUGUCCUGUUUUGCUUUAUAUUUUAUCAGCAAUGCAGAUCCCCAAUGCUUAAAGAUGCAAUUUAACAUGGCUCAUAAACUGGUCAAGCAGUCGUUAAUUCCUAUUUCAUCAGUUUUAAAAUCUAAAUUAGGGCUAAAGGAUUCCCCAAAUUAAUCACCCAAAAUGUGUUUUAUAUACCAUAUAAUGUUUGGCGGUCGUUAUCCUUUAAUUUUUUAGAAACGUCUAAAAUUGAAUUGGUUCUAGCAAUUUUGAACAUAAAGAUUAGAGCGUUUGCUUUGUUUAUGAGCCAUAGAAGUUCGAUUUUGCAUCUUUUAAACUAGCAAAGCGUAAACUUGAAUUUAUGCUGUUGUUGAAUAAACCUUUUCUCUGUGUGAUCUACUGCAGAGUAAUCUUAAAUAAUCUCCCAACUUUGCAUAAUGAUUAUUAAUUAAACCGCUGCUAUUCUGUUUUAUUUGUGAUUCUGUGCAUUCCAUUGUAAAUAUAUUUUUUUGCAUUUAAUGUGAUCGUUGUAUCAGACAGAUCUGUGUGUCUCGUUCAUUUUUAUUAGUUUGCUUUAUCAAAAGAUUCAAGCCAAUCGUUAAGCUGUGAUUUCUAAUAAUGUUUACUUAUCUCCUAUUGUUACUCAGUAAAACCAUGCGGUGCAGAACAUAGUUAAGGGACUGAUAAUUUUUUAAUCAUGUAACAAAUACACAUUACCCCCUUGUAUAAAUCGUUUUACCCUGCCCAUUCCCAGCUUGGCAAAUAAUCCUGACAAUUUUUGAUCAUUUUGCAUUUGUGUGUAGCACACAAUGUAUUGUAGCCAAAGGGUUAACAUAACCUGCUGUACAGUGUUCAAACCUGCCAUUGCUUCUAUGCCUCAUGACAACUAUGUGCAUUCGUGCAAGAAAACUUCUAAACAUAGUUGAAUCCUUUUUUUCCCCCUCGCUGGUGAUUUGGAAUUUUGGGGAAUAUAUUACAUUCCUAACAGUUGUCUGUGUCCUGUCCCCAGAUCCGAAUCGUUAUAAGUACCCUCCAGGAAAUGUUAAAGUGGGAUGCGUAUACACUGCAGAUAAAGGCCGGAGAAAGUCUGGUGCGAAGUUCAAUUUUUGCUUUUUAGAUUUGGUACAGGGUCCGGAACUGGGGAAUAUAGUGGGCGCAGUUUGUAACCCGUUUUUUUUCUGAAGUGGAUUGUAAAAUGACAAUAAUGGCUUUAUUUAUUAAACGCCAAACUGUAAUGAACGGAAAAUGGCAUUGCAAACAUUAGGUGAAAAGUGCUGAAAUGAAAAAUUUGGACUGGUUUUUAACUUGAAUUUUGCAAUUCAGUUUUCUAUUCCCUACAAUUCGGUGUUUUACCGUGGCAAAGAAUAACCCUUUCAGAGAAACAGCCAAGUCUUUCAGCAGCCAAUGGGUUAAAAAAAAUGAAACCUAUAAAGUCUUUGUGAAUGAAGUGUCUGUCAAACUCCUUGGUAGUUCUGAUAUGCAAGUUUAAAUGCGUGAAGAAGGAAGUUUAAAGCAUUUCUUUUGUCAUUACUUAAAGAGCAACUGUCGCAUAUCUUUUCAUGUUUUGUAGAUGUUUGAUCACCAGACGCUACUGAUGUGAUUAAAAUUUUUCUGUCCUUAUGGAAAUGUGCUUCGCCAUGAUUUACAUUCUGUCAACUUGUAGGAUUGCCAGAUCAGAAUUUGUUUUAACGGACACAGCUCUGAAAUCUGCAUUUGUCUUAAAUGUAACUUGACUUAUAUAAAAAUUAGUUUAAAUCGUUCACCCGAAUAAAAUUCCUGAUAAUCCAAAUUUAUUCUGGAUUUAUGUCACCUGUAGACUUCACAGGUAAAAUUACAGGUUAAAUGUUUUGGAAUAGUUUUGUUUGAUUAACAAAAAUAUUUUUUUGAUAAAUUGAUUAAAACAACUUUUUGUAUAUGUCUGGAUGUAACUAAACCCUAUUCUAUAUGAGUAUGUUUAUGAAAGGACUCCUCAUUUACUUCAGGAAGAAUUUAUUUUCGGAGUUUAUUUAGAGAAUUUGCUAGCGAUAAUCAGGGCAUCAUGGGAAAUACAAGGUGAUUUACAUGAUAUGCCCUAGCUGUGUCUUUUUCUGUUUUGUAACCACUUUUAUUUGUUGUAUUCCAAGUUAUUCUCAUCACAAAUGUGACCGUUGCGCUUUAAGGUCCUCCUUUUUGUAGCAUUCUUUCGAUUUAACCCUUCAAAAUUAAAGGUUAUGCAAUGCAGGGUCUGUCUGUGUCCCUUUGUGUGCCAGAGAGAUGUACACUACGUUACUGCUUUCUCAUGCACCCAAAGGGUUACAUCCCGGAGUAUAAUAAACUUGUUUUAAGGCAGUUUGAUAUCUUUCUUUCUUUAUUUUUUUGUUGUUUUUUGUUUAAUUCUUUCAACCAAGCAUUAUGUUGCAAAUGGUACUUCGAGAAAUGCUUGAUUAGUGUUUUGUAUGAAUGAAACCAGAAAUAAAUAGAUAUACUUGCACUUUCUGUUGAUAUAUUUUUAUCUACAUUUAAUUUUGAUGUUAUUGGCAGCAAGCUAUUUAAGUUGUGGUUGUUUUAAUUUUCCUUUUUCUUUUCUUUUUCUUUUUAGAACCUCCAAAACAUAUUCUUAAACAGCUCAGUGAGAAAGGUAAGGUGAAUUCUAAAUGCCAAAAGCCUUAUAUUGCAAUAUUGUAUGCACUGAAUUUACUAUAGAUUUGCUUAGAUAGAAAUUUCAUGUGUAUUGGUGGUGCCCCAGGUGUCCAUUUUAAACAUUUAGUAUAAACAUAAUUUUUAUUUAGAGUUCCACUGGACUGUUCAGUGGAGAAAGCAUAUAUUAGGAGUUAUACCCUUUGUACAGCGCUACGGAAUAAUAAAAUAAUAAAUAACAUUUGCUCGAAUAAAAAACUUACAGGGAAGAAGAGGUUGGGUGUUGUCAGAUAAUGGAAUAUCUGCCGUUUAAUGAACUAUGAAUUCCAUAAACACUGGAAAGCCAAAAGCGCAGCACAUGGCUGUAAAAUGUCCAUGUGCGCAAUAGCCAUUAACAGGUGGAGGGAUAAGGAUUCCUAACCUUGCCAUUCUGAUGGACCCGGCAGCCAUCGCUCCUGAACUGGGUUGAACUAUGAGAUUUCUUCCGAUAUUAUGGGAAUUCUAUAUUAAGAAUUGCUAUAUUGAAGCUAUUCUCUGACUGAAUUUACUAGAUCACGGUGUGUAUGUGUAUAUUAUAUAGAAUAUAUAGAAUAUCUAGACAGUGUUCGUACAUAAUAAAUAUUAAAAGGAACCUUUGUGUCUUUUGCAUUUGCGUUAUGUUUGCAUAUAUUCCACGUGUAAUUUAUGCUUUGUUUUUUGUUUUUUCCUUUCUCAUUUUCAUAAUGUGCAGUUGGAAUAAAGGUAAGGCCUGUUGUAUGUUCUGUGUUAGAUAUUGUGUUGAGUUCGUUACAGUAGUCUUUGUUGAAAGCUGAUCUCCUGGAACAGAAGGCAAGAUUACAAUCAUGCGGCAUUGAACCACAUGGCUGAGCUAGACUUUCCAAACCCCACGUACCUUUCUAGACGGAAGUAAAAAGACAGGAAAGGAUUGCAUUAGGGACAUGUCUACAGUUUUCAUAAGUGGAAAAUAAGAGAUCAAAUCAUUGCAUUUAUGCUCACUAUGAAUUUCCAGCAUGUAGAGGAUGGAUCGUAAAACCAUUUUUCAACAUGUCCAGUUUAUAAAUAAAGUAAACUAAGCCAGACAUAUGGUGCCAGGCCUUGAAAAUGCUUCUGCUAAUACCAGCUGCUAUUGGUGUUGCAGUGUCUUAUUCAUUCCGUAUGCAAUCUUAUGUGUUUUAAUAGCACUUUUUAAAAAAAAACUUAUUUACAUUUUUUUUUUUAUGCAUUAAUGUAUUUUAUUGAUUCCACAACAUGUUUCAGUAUGUUACACCGGCGCAAUAUAUCAUCCCACAGUUAUCACCAUCACUUUUAAGUACAGAUCUGAGAUCUCUAGAAAAAGAAAAAAAAAACAGCUGAACAAUGUUUUUACUAGUACGUUGGUUGACCCUGGGUAAAUAACACACCAUGGAUAAACGGGGGCAUGUUUGGGGCAAAGCGCUAAAUUGGCUUUCAUGCCUGAUUGCUUCUACUUUAGCCCUUUGGUCAUGAAUAACACCUGUUUUUCCUGUAAUAAGUCCUCCGCCAUUUUUUGUGUGCAGAUUGUCCUGCAUUCCUUAAACUUAAAGCAAUCCUUGUCUGUCCAGCAUGCAGGCAGUGACGGAGCACUACUCGACUUUGGGGACAUCCUUCAGCCUAAUAUCGGCAAACUGCCAACCAAAAUUGAGCCACCUCAGGCUGAGGGAAAUGAGGAGGAGCAAACCAAUACAGAGCUGAGUAGAAACUCAGGGGCAGACCUCAGUGCCUCUGAGGAGGAGCUGGAGGAGGAGGAGGAGUUACAUUUGGGAUAUGAUGACCAGGUAGCUGAUUUUGCCAGCUCCCUUCUGGCUGUCAUACAUUGCUGGCACUAUAGGGCCAAGACUUUGCUUUAUACCUUGGGCGCUCCUACGGUGAGGGUCUUUCUCUUUUUUUCCACCUCGUGUGUUUAGCGCCCCCGCUUAAUCAGAGUCCUUUUAGUUCCUUCCUUGCUAACACUAUCCGCAGUAUAAACCAAUAAUACGUUUCCAAUGAACGUGCAUGGUAUUUUUGUUGUCUGUUAAUUGGAGAUAUCUGCAUGCUAAUGAGUUUGGCCUUAUGUUCUGUUUAUCACAAAACUAAUUGCAUGACUUAAACUGCUGAUGUAGUGUCUGGUGACUAUUUUACAACAGGUCAAUAUGUUCUGGUUAUAUGUAUUUAUCAUCAUCAUUUUUAUAUAUUUAUUUUUAUAGCCAGUAUAUAUUAUUGGACCUACAACUUGUCCUGCUAAUACUGCAAAUGUUAUUUUGAAGGCAGUAGCAAGAUUUAAAUGUCCUAUUAAAAUUGCUUUACAAUGUUGAUUGCUUCCACUUCUGCCGUGAGCCCAUUCAGUUAAUGAAGUCAUCAAUACGCAAAUUGGAUCUCUUCAAAGAUCUUUUGAGCCUACUGCUUUCAAAUAUAGUAAAUGAUCUCGUACAAGACAUUGGUGAUGGUAUUCACUAAUGAAACAUCAAAUCCUAAAUCUAAUGCUCUAAAAUAAUAUUUAAUCUAGAUCUGAAACUUACAAAUGCCAAUAAUUUGCCAUCAUCCCAAAUUCUUCACAUGCUCGAGGAUUCGUUGGAAAUUGUUGCUCUUGGUAACCCAGUUUUAGAAUAUCCAAUUUUAGGUGUUUAACAUAAUUACUUUGAAUUUACAGAAUAGGGAAGCUGGGUCACAAGAAUCCCAGAAAGGAUUCAAGAGGCAAAACAGCCAGUCUUCAGGAAACGCAGAGAAGAGGCGCAGUGUGGAAGUGUCUGCUAUUUAUCAGGAGGUGAGUUCCCCCUGCUGGUCAUUAAGUAUAUAUAAAAAUUUGUGGCAAUAUGCAAGUCUUGCAUGUUGCCUACAUUCCAUCUUUUGGAGCCCCAAGCUUUUUAAUAACGCUGCCACGGCCACUUCUGCCCUAGAGCAACAAUUGCCAAAUUAUCAGCUUUCUUGUGCUGGCAUGUUUUAUCCAUCAUAGCUUUCAUAUAUAGAAGGGGUUUAGUGUUUUUGCAAUAUUUUAAACAAUCACCAACCAAAAUUCAUCCCCAGAUAUGCAACAGUUAGCUUGCUUUUAAAAAAAUAAAAAAAUAAAAAAAAAUUUCAAACCCUUGUUCACAUGUAAUUUUAUUUAUUUAUAUUUAAGGAUGUGCAUGAAAUGGAAAAAGAGAAUCCUGAAACAGACGAGCCGUACAGUGCAGUUGUGGCCACUUCUAAUGAUAUAAUAUUGACUGCGCCGUUAGAAGUUGUCGAGGUUAAUCACAGAGAGGAGGAGAAGAACCACCAUGAUGAACAUAACCCAGUUGACAAUGGAGACACUGAGAAUGCGGAAGAUUUAAAGACCUUCAGCAGUGAGGAGGAAGAAGAGGAGACAACAGCCCAUGAAUCCACCAGUAUCCUUCCUCCUUCUGUGCUUGACCAAGCUAGCAUUAUUGCCGAGAGAUUCAUAAAUAGCAGAAGGAGUAGUCUGGCUUUGGAUGAUGGAAGAAUCAUUGGUUAUUUAACCCCCAGGUUAACAAGCCGUAGCAGCAGCGUAUUAAGCCUGGAUAGUGCAGAUAAAAUGGUCUGUCAGAAUGGGUCCUCUGAUCUCCUGGACUCUGCACUACCAGAUAUUCUGCCUGAAUCUAGCACAUCCAUCACAGAGCUCAUGCUGAAUAAGGUGAAUUCUUCCAGCAUAGAAAACGUGUUUGAUGAGCGAGAGAGAUCCAUCUAUGAGAGAGAGAAGUCCACCUGUAAGAGGAGGGAAUCCAUUCUCUCCUUCCAAGACAAACAACUACUUGACAAGAUUAAAACUUAUUAUGACAACGCAGAGAAUCAAGAUGCUGCAUUUAGCAUCAAGCGUAGAGAGAGCCUCACCUACAUCCCCACUGGACUUGUCAGAAACUCAGUUUUUAAAAUUAAUAGCCUGCCAAGGCUUGAUGUUAGCCAGGCUUCUUUGGUAAGACCAAGACUGAAUAGCUCCUCAAGUAGUGUCAGCAAUGGCAACAGUAGACCUACUUCUUGGUCAGAGAUUCCCAGUACAGCUAAAGGAGUGCAACCUAGUUCUCGAAAUCCGCAACAACCGGUGAUCUCAAAGAAUGGGAUCCCAGAACCAUCAAUACCCGUAUCCGAUGAAGAGUUCAAGUCAUCUGAAGAGAUGAUUAAGAUUUGGGAGGAAAUUGAAAAAGAGAAUGAAUGGAAAGACAUGAAUACAGUUAGAAAAGUAAAUGAGGUAACAACAAGCAGUGAAGACAAACAACCAACAGCCCAAGAUAUUAGGAUGGAUUCUCACGAGCCACUAAUGAUCGUGGAAGACAGUGACCUUAGCACCAUAACAGAAGAAUCCACUGUCCACACGCCUGAAAGCACCUCCCCUAACCAGUUCACAACUCCUACAAAUGGAUUUAAUGAUCAGGACUUUAAAACGCCCAUUAAGCUUCACCCGCAGAUAUUGCAUCUUGCAAACUGUAUGGAUGGAGAUAUGACUGAGAAACUUAAGAAUAAGGUGUACCAGUUAGCAAGGCAAUACAGCCAGAGGAUCAAAACCAAUAAACCUGUCCCUCACAGGCGUUUGAAAGAAAUAGAAGAUGACCUCAGAAGGGCCAGCCUUCCGUCUGUUCAAGAGGAAAAAACAGAGGAGAAAGGUAGGCUUAUUUUCUAUAUUGGGCAAAUUUUCCAAUUUUGAACCAGAUCACACUUAAAAUGUUGUGUCAUCAAGCCACCGUGGCUACAUUCUGCUAAAGCCAUGGUAGCAACAUGCAUCCACCAUACUUUUCACAUUCUUCUGCAAUUCUUCCAUGCGUUCAUAUGACCACGAUGAGCAAGCCUAGGAAGUUCCACUUUAUUGAUUGUAGACCACAAUAAUCUGAGAACCACUUCAAUAAAAGCUAUUUUGUUUAUUGUUAUUUAAGUCAUUGUUUUGGUGCAAGGCCAUUGAUCAUAUAGUUUUGUAUUCAAGGGACACUGUAAGCACCAAAACAACUUUAGCUAAAUUAAGCAGUUUUGGUGUAUAGAUCAUGGCCUGCUAAGAUCUCUGCCAUUUAGGAGUUGAAUCACUUUGUUUAUACAGCUCUAGUUACUUGCACCACCUUCCUAAUCACUUCCUGAAAAAUAACAUCAAUAUUUAUGUUCCUGUAUUGCACAGUCUGUGUAAUCUAGAAUGUGUUAUCUCCUGCUCUGUUAAUAGCCUUCUAGACCCUGCAGGAACCUCCUGUGUGUUUGAUUAAAGUUCUAUUUACAGAGCAGGAGAUAAUUACUUCUAAAGUCAGUCAACAUCUGAUUGAAAAUGAAGCCAUCUUUUCAUGCAGUCUGUGUCGGUCACUGCCAGGAGAGGUGUAACUAGGGCUGCACCAACAGAAACAAAUAUAUUUUAACGAAUACAUAUAAUUUAAUGGCAGAUAAUUGAGAAGUGAGAUUGCAGGAACAUGAGCUAUAAAACCAAACUGCUUCAUUAAGCUAAAGAUGUUUUGAUACCUAUAGUAUCUUUUUAAUUUUAAAUGUGACUGCUUUUUGCUACAUCAGUUACCAUUUCUAUUUUAUAUUUUCCUUCUAUCUACAGUCAUGCAUUAUCAUUAAAGGGAUAUUGUUAGAGUAAAAACAUCACAAACUUAGUGCAGUGGAAGAAAAAUUGUUCCUGAUAUUUGUCCUGAGUGCCUCUUGUCUACAUUUAUCUGCUAACCUGGAACUGGCUGUAAUAAUUUACAUCUGCAUUACAAGUUACUGGAUUAUUGCAUAUUACUUUAAUCAAUUCCUCUGUUUUGUUGUGAAUUAGUUCCUGGACUAAUUUUUUAUUUUUUUUUGGUUUGUGUUUGUUUUUUUUAGGUAAACUAAAGCCUAUGUUGUCCCUUCCAACCUAUGAUCACAUUAUACUUCACGAACUCAGCCCUACAAGUCCAACGUCUGCCUCAUUCAGAGAAAAAUCUCCCAAACGCCUCACAUUCUCUACUUCUGUUGAUAACCAGGGAAUUACUUCUCCAGUAAGAUCUGAUCCCAGAAGUCCUCUGAGUCCAGUCAAGACGGAGAAAUUCCACUGGCCCGAUGUCCGAGAACUGAGAUCCAGGUAUACAAAGACAACUGGUAGUGGUAAAAAUGGUCCAGUUAACAGAAGUCAUUCUGUGCCAGAGAAAAUGAUGGGACACAAUGUGGAUGAUGCAUCGGAUGCCCAAAACAAAGAAUGUAUCACCCACUCCUACAGCAUGAACAUAAAAAGCUCAGACGGUAAACCUAAAGAAGCAGGUUCAACCACCAAACCACUGGCUCACGUUGAACAUUCUCCUUUGUCACCCAACUUUAAAGGGAAAACUGAGACUUUAGAAGACACAAGACAUUUUGGACAAGAUGUGGGCAGCUGCUACUAUGUCAGUGCAGAAGCUCCACUAGAGAACAACAAAAAAGUUAUUGUGUUUGAGAAACUCCCCGUGGCUAAAGAUUCAUCAUCGCAUGAUCUGGAAAGUGAUGAUACAUAUGUACAUAUCAGAUCACCCACCACUAGAGAGAAAAUCUCCCUUAAAGCAGUAGUUGAACGGUGCAAAGCCUACCAGGAAUCUGAAGAAUACAGAAGUAGGGAGGAGAGCUACAAAUCCGAUGAAUCUGUGGAACUUGCCCUGGAUUUAUCAAAUGGAGAAAACAAGCAAGAGCAAACGAGUGAACAUAAGAGAGUCAAGAGUUUGCGAGAGAAAUUUCAGACUCUCAAUAGUUGCAAACAUUCUGAACUUCAUCAAAAUUCCUAA